AUGGAGGGAGUCGGCAGCAACAGGAGCAUGUCUUACAGUAGAUGGAGUUAUGACAGGUGAGGCAGCUUCGUCGUCAUGGCAAUUGGACGUUUAUAACGCCGACAGUGUGUUGUUGCAUGAAGCUACAUGCUGAGUGAUGUUGUGGCUUCAUGUUGUGGCUGAGGCUUGAUGAGAAGAACCCCUCCUGCGCAAUUAGUUGACAGGUGCAACACAUUUGGAAACGAGGGGGGAUGUGAAAUGAGAAUCUGCAGAAGCGAAAGCAUCAUGCAAGGUCUGCUGGUAGACAGGAUGUCCAAUUCCAGGAUGUUUGUCUAGGUCCAUGAUGUGUUUACCUUUUUCACCGUCCAAACAUCCACAUAGGAACAGCUUGAGUGGUAUCUAUCUAUCUAUCUAUCUAUCUAUCUAUCUAUCUAUGUGUCUGACUGUCUGUCUAAUCUAUGGCAGAAGCAUUUUGACAAAGUUCAUUUUCUGUACAACUUCCUUCAUGCAUUUUUAAGUUAAGCUAACUAAACUUCAUUACAUACUUUGUUAAUGAAGCCUACCCAGUCAUAAUGGUCUUAAGGAGGACAGUAAGCCACUAUCUUCUUCUGUAACUAUUAUUUUGACAAAGAGUUUAAAUUGAGAAUGAUUGCAUCAUUGUUUUUCAGAGGUAACCCGUCGCUUAUUUCGAUUUGUUGAAAAUGUUCAUUUCCUGCAAGCAUGUCAUCAUCAGCAUACAGUAGUAUCUGAUAAUUGUGAUUGUAUCAUUCAGACCGAACUGUUAUGACCACAGAAUGUAAAGCAUGAACUUGUUCUAGUUACCUCGGAGGUCAGAAGUCCGAGCUGAAAAUGACGUCACAACCGAGUUCUCAGGGUUUCAGCUACCAAGUCAGAAAAAAGGCAAAAUUGGAGGUGGAAACAAGAUGGCUACAUCAACGAAAGUUAUUUUAACGCUCGUCUCAAUAUAAGGCAAGUGCUAAAAUAACUUUUGUAGAUCUAGCCAUCUUGUUUCUUUUUGACUUGGUAACUAAAACACUGGUAACUCAGGUGUGAUGUCAUUUUCAGCUCCGACAUCUGAUCUCCGAGGUAACUCGAAGUCAGCAUUAUUCUCAGCUACGUCACUAAUUGGUUGUUGGUGAUUGCUUGGUUGCGACAUGACUGCUUUACCGGCAAUGCGUGCUUAACUUUCAGUCAACAAAACAAAAACAACAAUGUGGAGUUAAGUUUGGCCUUUUCACCUUGUUACAAAAAGCUACUGGGUGCGCACUUGAUUUUUAACUCAUCCCUAUCCCAAGAAGUGCUAAAACCUUCUAUUUUUGAAUUGGACUGCCAACAUGUUUAUUUAUGCUCUACAGUAUGGCUGUUUUGAAUGGGUGUGUAUGUGGCCUCAAAUGCUUUUGCAGACAGCCUCAAGAGGAUGCUUGAGGAACUGCAUUUAUCCAUCAGACUCACUUAUUUAAGACUUAUUUAAGAGUUUGCCACCCACUGAGCAAUAGACGGCUAUUUGACAUCGAGUUUUUUUUAGACCUAAUUUCAACCGUCUAGAUUCUGUAUAUUUUUAGACAGAAUUUAGACGUUGCACUUUAACCCGUUAUUCGAUAACUAUUUAUUUCAAAAAGCAACUGUGAGUUGCAUAACCGAUCUUCAAGUACUUAACCAAAAUAAUGAUGAUAGCCGUUGAGCAAUAUACAGUUAGACCUCUGUUAGCCGGCUAGUCUAAACUUGGUCUAAAUUUAGACGGCUAAAGAACUUUCAUUUUUAGACCUGUGGUAGCCUGAUUUCAGUUGUCUAGGCUACAUUUAGACGUACAUUAGACCUCUUUUAGACCAAAAAAUGUUCAGUGGGCACUUAGUCCUGACACGUAAAAAUGACCCUAACAUAUAAGAAACACAUACAAUGGGUGGUGUAUUAUAGGAUAUCCCUAUAUCAGAGGUCAGAUUUCAAUUUAAACCUCAUAGGUUGAAUUUAGCUUCUUUUUUAACACACAAAGAAUGGAAAGAAAGGGGACACAUUAAAGUAGGUUUAAUUAUAACAGCAAUGGUAAGUUAGAUUCUUUCAAACGUACACCAUGCUAGCCUUGAAUAGGACAGUUGAGCCACCUCAGUCAAGAAGCUAUCAUAAUCAUUGUCAAAAUAUAGAGGUAGUUAAUUCGACACACACAAGAGUACUCAGUUAUUGUCCUCAAUGUUUGAUAGCGCCCUUAUCUUGGCACAUGUCAACACAUACAAACCAUGUACAAAUGAGCUAUAUCCAGAUCCUCUUGGAGUCAAUCUCAACCAGUCAAUUGGGAAUACAAUAGAUGGUUAGAGAUAUUGUGUGGCAGAAUUUUUGAUCACCAGAGGCACAAUCGAGGAGGUUUUACCUUGACAACACUGUACAUGUAGCCUUGGACAAUAUAAUUGGUAUUCUGAAUCAGUGCUUGGACAUCCCAAGGGACGACAGGCAGCCAGAGCCUGUGGUUAGCUGCUGCUGAGGAUUUCUUGCAGCGCAGUGAAAUUAUGUUCACCGUGUUCAACCAUUAAUGAGGCAAACAUGUGAAGUACAUGGAUUUGUGCUAUGAAAAGGAAUAGCUUGUUAUUUGAUUUAGCAGCAGCUGUUUCGUAGAAUAUAGAUUUCCUCCAGAAAGUCAUUAGCGUUAAUCAAAACGAUUCACAUAUCCCCAACUCUUUUCAUCACACCGGUAAACAGAUUGUUGUGUCGAGAAAGUAAGUAUCCUUUCCUGCUUCAGACACACAGUCACACUGACAGUGAAAUUAGAGGAGACCAAUUUAAACUACUUCUUAUUCAUGGAGGAAUAAAUCAAUUCAACAAAGACUGCAUUAGGAUGUUUAUGUAAAAGUGUAAGGAUGCAAAAAAUAGGACUCUGGUAUUCAUGGUUUCUUCUGAAGUACUACACAGUAAGAAAAGAAGUCUGCUUUUAGUUAGACUUUGAAGUAUUCAGUGAAGGACACCUCUGUGAGUGCAAUGCAGGUGAUGCUGGCUGUGAUUGCCAAGUAUAUUUUCUAUUACUGAUAUAAAAAGAGAAAAAAAAAAACAACAACUCUGCUGCAUGUUCUGUCAGAUUCCACCGGAGUUGAGGUUGAGUACAUACUCACUGCAACUAAGAGACUUGUGCACGUGUCUGCAGGGCCGGUUUUCACUGACAAAGCCUCGAAGGAAAUAUUCAUCAUUAUUUCAGACUUGUGGUCCACCCACACAGGUUUCUCAUAUUUCGCCUGAUUAAACCUUGACUGUGAUGGUCUAAGCACUGAGUGUGUCCAAUCCUUCAUUUCGCCUGAAGCACCUGAUCGAGUAGGAGAGGUCUGACAUUAAUCACCAAUCUUAGGUAGAAAUUUUCCCCAUUUUGUUAUCGGAUUAUUAACUUCUUUAAAACCCCGGUUUGUAGACUACACCAAGGCUUUAAGGUCUGGCUUUGUGUUUGAUGAAGUUUUAUUUGCAGGGAUUUAGCUCUUCUAUGACCAGGGCAAAUCUUUGAUAAAGGACAGACUUUUCCCAAAGGCAAUAUUGCUGCAACCAUUCCUCACCAAAGACAGUUAUUUAUUGUUUAAAGAAAGAACAACUCAGACUUGACACUGGUGAGGCUAUUCUCCAUCUUACUGAUUCAUGAAUCAUUUUGGUCUUAAAAGAAGUUAGUGUGUGAAAUAUGUACAUUUCUCAUACAGUACACAACAAAAAACUGCUUCUUGCUUCUUGCUAUGAAAUUACCACUGUGUAGCAAAGUCCCUUUUUCUUCCUGACCCAACUGCGGGCCAAUCCAGUCAUUUCCUUUUGCUCUGAAAGUCCUUGUGUGAUAUGAGUUAGCCGAUUUUUCAGUCUAGUCAUGUCUUUUGGAUGUGUUUUUGCAGGCGAUUCAUUCAUGUUAGCGCCUUCUGUAGUUAGACCUAUAGCAUGUGCAAUCACAUUGUUGUGGCACCAGGUCAGUAAACACCGUCUCCUGGAGAUGGAGGGGCAAGGUGGAUAGACAAGAUAAAAUUCAGAGCCUAUAGAGCUCAGUGUAUAACCUCAUGUUUUUAAUCAAAGGGAAAGGUAGAAUUGAAUUUCUAUGUGCACGGUGUGUUCCUCUGUCACACUGCAGAAGUGCAGAAGUAGGUACAGAAAAGAGGACACAGUGAAACUUCUACAAUGUCAGAGCCUUUAUAUUCUCACAUUGCUUGGUCCAUGAGAUGAUUUGAUACAGGAGCUAAAGCUUGAAUGAGGUCAAAAAACAAAAGCCAUUCAUUUUGGGUUUUUGGUGUCUGUUAUGAAGGCCAUGUCAUCAGGUUACAGAAUUAAUCGCUUUUUUAAUUUCCCUUCUAGGUAAGCGAUUUCACAGUGCACUGUGCCAAAGAGAGAAAAAAGGCAGGUCUCUUGAAUGUUUUUGUUUCUUGAUAAAAGCUCAGUGUCUGCUUGAUUCAUUUGGGAUUGUGAACUGUCUGAUAAGUAGCUGCUGAAAACAACCACCUACUCCUUUUCCCCUUAAAAUACAGUGAAUAUUCUUAAUUAGAAUAUGUUGGCCAUUUUGUAUGGGCCACCAGACAUGCAAAUAAAGGAUGCAAAUAGUAUUUUUUAAUAAAACAGUACUCUGUUCCUAUUAUCAAUUAGAUUAUCAAUGUUUUUUCCUGCUUUAUGCACAUCUGAGGAUAAGAAAGGCCAAGAUUUAGUGAGCAAAUAUUCUCAAUCCUGAAAUGAAUAUUGUUAAUACAAAAAAAUCAAAACAAAUAACAGGUUUGACUCUUUGAACGUUUUAUUUUUAAUGGUAAUUGCAGAAAUCUGUACGUGCAAUAAUGGGGUUUAAGUCUUCAUGCAGCCAUUGGGCCUUCAAACUAAGAAUACUCACAGGACCUACGUUAGAAGUCCAUAUUUCCAUGGUGAAAUUUAUCAAUAUUGACUUGUAGGUGAUAAUAUUAGUAUUCUGCCUGACUACAACCUUGGUAAAAGCUGGCAUAUGAAGCUCUUUAGAAAUCAAUGGCACACAACACCAGUCUGCAUAAUACAGCAGUCAUGACAUGUUCUGUCGAUUUAGUUUUUCACUGGUUUGUUAUUUGAGUGCAUUUUGUGUGUGUUUUCCCUAGUGUUUCUGUUCCCCUGUAGUCCAGUCUUGUGAGUUUUCAGUUUCAGUUUGACCCUGUGUCCCUCCUGUUCUCUGUGUUUUAUUCUUUAUAUCAGUUUUCAGUGUUUCCUGUUUUAUUUUGUGGUAGUUGAUUCCUUGUGGCGGUGUCCGAAAUGAAUCACUCAAUCCCUAAACCCUAACCCCCAUAUGGGGUUUUACUAUAUAGUUGACUGUGUAGUGAACUUAAUCACCGGAGGUUUCGGACACUCCAUGGCAAGACGCAAUCCAUGACGGGAUGCCCACCACCAGUAAGUGACCAUCGGAUGGUCACUACAUUUUGCAAUGCUUUAUGGGAAAUUUUGAGUCGCCUAUAUAGGGCACUGGAAUUGAUCACUGAGGUUUUGGACACCCCUCAAAAUGGCGCUAACCCCCAUGUAGUCACCUAUAUAGGAGUUAGGGAUCCAUUUCAGACACAGCCUGUGUUUCUAGUCUGGUUUUACUUCCCUUGUUUUCCCUCCUUCGUUAAUCACCCAUGAUGAGUCUCACCUGUUGCUUGUUUCCCAGUGUGUAUAUAGUCCCUGUCUUCCCCUCUGUCUUUGUUGGUUUAUUGUGUGUGUGCGCAUGUCUGCCUGUUCCCUCUGAUCUUUGAGUCCCUAGUCUCCUUGUGAUUUUUACCCCAGUGUAUUUCGUUGGAUUUUUUUCUUUUGGAUUUUUUGAGUGGACAUUUGUAAGUACGUUUUUAUUGCGCUCUUUUUAAUAGAUCAUUUUUUGUUCUGCAUUUGGGUCCCCUAUCCCUUUUGUUAAACCCUGGCUCAUGACAGCAACAAAAUGGCAUAUCAUCCUUUCUCUAAACGCCUACCAUAAAAUGCUGAUCAAACAGCCCAGAAGCUUUCUAUGGUUUUUGUUUGACAUCUGCUCAGUCUCCAAACAUAAAACCAGUCAUAAAACAUUGAUCUGAUCAUUGAAUUUGUCUCAGCAGCAUAAAGAAGCCGAAGGAACAUGUAUUGCCUAGACAACCAUGUGAUUUCUAAUGCUUCAGAAACAUCCGCAAAAAUAUGCUUCGCAAUCAGUUGAACCACUGCAUUACAGGAGAAAAUCAAUCUAACAACAUCUAUGCUGUUUAAUCUGAAAAUAAACAGCAAAACAAACUUCUCUUGGUCACGGUUUGUGACUCAUACUCUGACCAGGAUAUUACAAUUUUUCCUGUUAUUUCAGCACAAGUAUAGAUCUUAACAAAAGAUGCAUGCUAAUACAGAUUGGACACUGCAUUCACAUGGUUGUAGUCUUUCUAGAUUUUUCUGAAUUGAUGUAGAAGGUGUCACUGUCUGUACAGUAUUUGUUUGGAGGCUUUCAUUGUUUGCUCAGUGGUCAUGUUGCUGGGUCUGUGUUAUUGUCUGUGUUUAUUUGAAAGCUCUGCAGCUGACUGAAUUAUAUUCUUAUAGCAAUACUUUCUGUUUUUAAUCCAGACAUAAAGUUCUUGUAAUCGUGGUAGCUGUUGUUUCAUGUUAUGAUUACCAUCUGUGACUUUGGUUUCAGGUCAGAUGGGUUUAUCUUAGGUGUGUCCCUGUUUGUUCAGCUUGUGAUGUAGGUGUGAAUUGGCCUCAGUGGGAACCGUUGACAGUCAGCCCUAAAAGUGUGUUUAUGUGUAUGCUCAGGAAAGCUCUCUCUGCUGCUUUAUAAACGCAGUAAGGUAAAAAGAGGCCAAAGCACCACACUGGUGAGAGGUCCUCUCCCCAUGAGUGUGUAUCUAAGACUGGUUGUCAGCUACAAGUCACACACACUAAUUGCUGUUAGCUCCUUAAGUGGGAAUUCAUGGUGUCAGUGGUCAUUGUGGGUGGCUUUCAAAAUGAGUCAGAGCCAUGCACAUGAGUUUCAGACUGCAAGAAACGAAACACAGGUUUGAGAUUGGUUCAAUAGUUUUCAUAAGAAAAUUAAAGAAGUAUUUUUAAGUGUCUGAAAUAAACUAUAAACAGCUAAACAACACUCCUUUACUCUAUUAAUAUAUGUGUUCUUCUCAAGCACAGCAUCAAAAGCUUUUUAAAGGUAAAAAUGAAAAAGUGGUGACACCUGUGACAGCCUGUCAGCAGUCUGUAGUCAGUCAGGUGGCAAAGCAGAUGAAUAUAGCAGGAAACCCUCAACAGGGAAAGAGCCUAACAGCGAGAGAAUCACUGAAUUCAUUCAGCAUCAAUACCCGGCUUUUCAUCCUGAACAAAUAUGCAGGCUUUGGCAAGAUAAUGAUGUACCUGCAUUGGUAUCAUUUUUGACCAAAGUGAGUGAUCAUAUUAUGACAAAAAUCCAACUGUGCAGUCUUGGUUUAGACUUUUUGGGGUCAAAGACAGUCCGCCCCUUUCACUGAGUUAUGAGGAGGUGUUGUAAAAUCCAUGAUCCAAUGAAGGUCAGGAUUUUACUUUGAGACCUCUUUGUUACAACAUAAUUUUGUACCGUUUGAUUGAAAAAUUCUUGACUCUGUUUAUUACCUCGGCUUAGUGAAACAUUUUUAGGUCAACUCUCUCUAAGAAGCACAUGGCCGGGUUGUUUGAAUUUAAUUUGGUUCUGCCUCUUCAAAGUCUUUCAUAUUCUUCACCAAUAGUGUUAUAAAACUCUGUGUAACCCUCUCCUUCUGUGGUGUUAGUAUAUUUGAUUAUGAUAAUCCUCAGAUCCACAGGACCCUGCACUGCCUACUGCAGAUACAGCGACACCAGUGUCCAGUUCGUCUGUACAUGAGAGAGGACGCUAUAAAACUAAAUAUUAUUGAGUUUAUGUGGUUCAGUGCCCUGGGAUGAUACAUUAGUACGCCAUAGCAUCUUCAGUACAAAUUGCUGUCAAUAACAAUAAACUAUUGCUGUCUAUGUUAUGAAUACACUCUCUAUAAACUGCUAUUGUGACAGGCUUGUGGAGCAUUUCAUCUGUGGAAAAUGCCCAGGUUUAAGAAAAAUGCCAUACCCCAUUGUUUCGUGAUGUGGCCUGUCAUGCCUUAUUCAUCAGAGCUUAUGACUCUCGAGCUCACCAGCCCCCCAACUGCACUGUUGUUAUUAUGCUGCUCAUAGCUUAGUCACUGUCCACCUGUUUCUGUAGAAACCACAGAGAGAGAAAAGGCAGGAAGGCAAACUCAGUCUUGAGGGCUUCGUCCACUCUGUUACACUUGUUUCUGCCUGUAGCAGAAGUGGUCGAGAUGAUUUGGAGCUUCGACACAUACUGUUAUGAAAUUAACUUUUCAUAUGUAGCCUCUUGAUAUGUACACAACAUGUAUAAAACUGAGAGUACCUUAAAAACAAAGCAUCUAUUCUGUAUAUACACAUAUUCUUAAAACAAGUAAACCUUGGUUUGGAAACUUUGUUGUUCGGACCAAGUUAAAGACUGUAAAGGGUUUGGUUUUGAUGGAGAUCUCAGGGUCUAAGCAUGCGACAAUCAAUGCUGUGCAGUCUUACACAUUAUGUUUAGCAGUGCUGUAGUGCUAUAGUCAUCAUUAAGAGGCUCAAACACAUACACCCACACACACACAGAAGCACAGACAGUGUUAGCUGAAGUAUCAAUUUGUUCUCGAAGCUAUGAACACAAUGAUUAUGAACCUGGAACUGAAACGACUGGAGACUAUUCAUCAAUAGCCGCAGCCCUCAAUACCUACCCUGAGGACAAAUCUAUACUGACAGAUGAAUAACUGCUAUAUGUGGUUUGCGGUUGUUCUUACAGAAUCUAUGUUGUACUCUUUGUUUAUUUUCAAUGCCUUUCAGUUCAUUAUGUGCCAUUGCGAUGAGCAGAUACAGCGGCCAAAUAUCAGAUGUUUCCAUAGAAGGAGAUGACCUGCAGCCAUUGUUCAGAGUCAGGUUUUACUUUGUGUCCCUAGAAUAUUAACAAUGAAGAUAAUGGCCAGCACUACGGCUGAAUGCAAAUCCUGUUGUCACACAGCGCUAAGAGUGAAGUAAAUUGAAGUAACAAAAUAAAAGCCAGGCGGGCAAAUUGAGAUUACAGAAUGCAUGAUGUGAAUAAUGAUUCCCCAACGAAUGACACGUUUUGUAGUAUUAGCCAGUCAAAUUAGGGUCCUACAUGGCAUGCAUCUUUGCAUAUUGAUCUGAUAUUGGUCAGUUAGCUGUUUGUGAGGCGCUAUCUGUCUCACAAGGAACGUCAGUUCAGGAAGAUGGAGGAGGAGAAUUUGCUGAGCAGAAACUCGUGUUGAGAUUGAGAUGAAAAAAAAAAAAGAGUGCUUCAGGGUCUGCAAAGGUGAAACUCCGAGAUCUUUUUUGUGAUGAUAGCAUUGCAAGAGUGCAGAAAACCUGUCAGCCCAAUCUUUUCCUCUGCAGCCCAAAAGGAGAACUGUAUCACACAGCUGCUGCUGCUGCUGCUGUGGUGAAGCUGUAAAGGCCUUGAGCUAUAAAAGAGAGGUGAAUGUAGUAAGACAGAGGAUAGCUGAUUUUUGGUGUUUUCUGGAAUAGAUGCUCAUUGCAUAUUUGGUGAAUGUGGUAAGAACACGCAUGGAAGGAGUUCUGAUGUGCUGAUCCUUGAUGGCAAAGGCAGUUAUACAGCAUUUGCAGCUUCGAAUCACAACGAAGGACUUACAAGAGCUGUGAAAUAAACAAUGUUAAUCACUGACAGCAUAUAGUCCUUGAAAUUACCUUUAUGAUCAAAACACACAGGCCUUGUAGCUGUUAAACAAAAAUGGCUGUAAAUUGAAUCUUAGAAAAAAGGAAAAGUACCUGUGACAACCCCUCCUGCUCCUCCCCUGCUUUCUCCCCUUGCAUGUGUCUGAUUCUGCUCUGUGUUGCAGCCUCAGGGAGAUGGUGGAGGGCGGAGCUAGGAGGGUCUGAGUUACCUGCCCAACAGGGCAGGGCCAGAGAGCAUAAAAGGCCUGGCUGAAAUGCUGUAGCUCUCUCUCUCAGCAGGGCCUGCAGCUACCACACCAGCCACCACCUGUUGGGUUUGAUCAUCUAACAUCCACCACACACAUUCUCACACAUCCAACAUUUGCUGACACUACUGAUCUUAAUCCUGAUGCCUGAUACUGAUUGAUAAUCAUUUUUUGUUAAAUAAAAGAUCUUGGUUAAUGGUUAUUGUUGUGUGUGGCCUCCCUUCUUGUUAUCUGCCUUGAGCCAGGCAGUAACAUACCUUUAUUAUAGAUAAGGAACUGCUGGUUCCUCAUAACAGAGGCUGUUGUCCUUAUGACAGUGGUUGUUGGCUCGAAUCCUGGCCAUCACCCCCUGAUGCAUGUCUUCCCCCACUCUCUAAUUCCUAAGUUUCCUUUCUCUCUUUUGCCAUCCUUCCUCAUAAAUGCUCAAAAAUGUAACUUAAAGAGUUUAAAAAAAAUCAUUAACAGCUUUAGGUACAAUACAGUUCAAUAAGAUAUAAUACAAUACAACAGAAUAUGAUAUUAGGGAUAUGGUCCCAUGUCAGAGACGUGACUCCACCCCAUCCAGUCGUAACAAAGAGGGAAAGACAGGUGAGGAGGUGGAGGACUGUACAAAAGUUGUAGCAGCUGGAGCGGCGGCUGAAGUAGACAAGGUUAAUGUGGGAGGGGCUGAGCAGCCUGUGGAGUAGUUAUUGUCAAUUUUAUCUGUAUCGAAGUGAACUGCUCAGUAUAUCAUGAUAUUGAUUUGAGGCCAUAUCGCCAAGCCCUAUAUGAUAUAAUACAAAAUACUGGAUAUGUUGUGAUAUAACUUUACUAUACAAUACUGCCUGCUAUUGCAAUUGUUUUUUUGUUUUUUUUUUACAAGAUUCUGUCAUGAUAUGGUUUGUUAAUUUAGUUUUUUCCUCGUGUUGUUUAUUUAUCACGGUGAUCAGCUGUGAGCGUAUUUACUCGAUCAAACAUACCGGAAAUGUGCGCGACAACAGCCAAUCAGAGUCGAGCUUUUCCUGCUCACUUCUGAAAGUUGCCGGAGAAGUAAACAGAAUGACUGAACGUGGAGCAAAACCCGGAGCUGAGGGCAGAAAAAUAGAUGUCAGCCGUGACUAUUGAGUCAUCCUCCUAAGAUGCCAUUGUUGAGGAGAAAAGUUACUCGACGUCGGUUGUUCGGUUGUCCGGUGGUGAUUCGGAUAUCUCCAAAGUGACGUCGAGCAAUGAAGCCAAUGUGUAAGGUAUGUCAGCGGUCUGUGCCCUCAAAAACCAGCAACACAACAGAUCUGUUUAAUCAUUUGAAGAAGUAUGAGUGAUUAUGCGGAAAGCAUGAAAAUGUGAGCGGAGUCUGCACAGCCUGUCACUGCUGUACGGCACUAGUAGCAUUAACAGUUUAGCCACAACUAGCGGUGCAGCCCCCAGACCAAAGCAGCAACAAAUCCCAUCAUCUACAUUUACAACAUCUAAUGUUUACAUUUUAAGACGUCGAUUUUUUAAUUUAUUUUUGGUCUUGCAUACCUGCAAAAACACUCAAGACUGUCAACUCAUUUACUGUAUUAUUUAGUAUUUAUCUACAUUUGUUUUACUGUUGAGUUCUAAUUAUUUUUUUUAGUUUAUCUUAUUUAAUUUGCUUUGUGAUUUACUUUGUGUGUUGAUAAAAUGUUAAACUAAUCUCUAAUUUAUUUAGUUUUUAGUACAAAUGCUCUAAAACUGACAGUCUAAAAAAAUACAAAAACAUUUUAAUAAUAAUCGUGAUAAAGAUCGGACGAUAUAAUAAAAUAUAUUGUGAUCUUCUUUUUUUUUUUUUUGCCAAAACUCCCAGUCCCAUGUCUGACCCCGUUUCUCUCAUGUUUUCAGUGUUUCAUUCUGUUGAUCAGUUUUUAUUUCUUCCUGUUUUAUAUUGUGAUAGUCCAUCCUUGUUUGUUUCUAGUCUUGUUUUACUUCCUCAGUUUUCCCUCCUCUGUAAUUGUCUGCACCUGUGUCUCAGUGCCUCACCUGCUGCUCGUUGCUCAUUUCCCUGUGUAUAUACACUCACCGGCCACUUUAUUAGGUACACCAUGCUAGUAACGGGUUGGACCCCCUUUUGCCUUCAGAACUGCCUCAAUUCUUCGUGGCAUAGAUUCAACAAGGUGCUGGAAGCAUUCCUCAGAGAGCUUGGUCCAUAUUGACAUGAUGGCAUCACACAGUUGCCGCAGAUUUGUCGGCUGCACAUCCAUGAUGCGAAUCUCCCGUUCCACCACAUCCCAAAGAUGCUCUAUUGGAUUGAGAUCUGGUGACUGUGGAGGCCAUUUGAGUACAGUGAACUCAUUGUCAUGUUCAAGAAACCAGUCUGAGAUGAUUCCAGCUUUAUGACAUGGCGCAUUAUCCUGCUGAAAGUAGCCAUCAGAAGUUGGGUACAUUGUGGUCAUAAAGGGAUGGACAUGGUCAGCAACAAUACUCAGGUAGGCUGUGGCGUUGCAACGAUGCUCAAUUGGUACCAAGGGGCCCAAAGAGUGCCAAGAAAAUAUUCCCCACACCAUGACACCACCACCACCAGCCUGAACCGUUGAUACAAGGCAGGAUGGAUCCAUGCUUUCAUGUUGUUGACGCCAAAUUCUGACCCUACCAUCCGAAUGUCGCAGCAGAAAUCGAGACUCAUCAGACCAGGCAACGUUUUUCCAAUCUUCUAUUGUCCAAUUUCGAUGAGCUUGUGCAAAUUGUAGCCUCAGUUUCCUGUUCUUAGCUGAAAGGAGUGGCACCCGGUGUGGUCUUCUGCUGCUGUAGCCCAUCUGCCUCAAAGUUCGACGUACUGUGCGUUCAGAGAUGCUCUUCUGCCUACCUUGGUUGUAACGGGUGAUUAUUUGAGUCACUGUUGCCUUUCUAUCAGCUCGAACCAGUCUGGCCAUUCUCCUCUGACCUCUGGCAUCAACAAGGCAUUUCCGCCCACAGAACUGCCGCUCACUGGAUAUUUUUUCUUUUUCGGACCAUUCUCUGUAAACCCUAGAGAUGGUUGUGCGUGAAAAUCCCAGUAGAUCAGCAGUUUCUGAGAUACUCAGACCAGCCCUUCUGGCACCAACAACCAUGCCACGUUCAAAGUCACUCAAAUCACCUUUCUUCCCCAUACUGAUGCUCGGUUUGAACUGCAGGAGAUUGUCUUGACCAUGUCUACAUGCCUAAAUGCACUAAGUUGCCGCCAUGUGAUUGGCUGAUUAGAAAUUAAGUGUUAACGAGCAGUUGGACAGGUGUACCUAAUAAAGUGGCCGGUGAGUGUAUAUAGUUCCAGUCUUCCCCUGUUUCUUGGUUGGUUUGUUGUAUGUAUGUUGAUGUCUAUGUCAGCAUAUGCUUAUCUUUCCUGUGAGUCUCAAGUGAUUUUUGGUUCUUUGGAUUUUGUCUCAUGUUUUUUUGCCUUUGGGAAUAUUUCAGAUGGACAUUUCAUGUAAGAUUUUGUUGCCUUUCAUUUAGUUCAUUUUAAAUAAAUCCCUUUUUUAUGGGUCCUUUCCCUAUUUGUUUAACUCCAGUCUGUGACAAAUUCGUUAUGAUACUGUUAUGAUGUCCAGGUUGCUAUGAAAGAGACUCGAUUUGUGAAUGCAAGAACUGCCGAUACGUCAAAUAGUCAAGUUACAUACCCAGUAUUUUUACAAUGAAUUUAAAGUUAGUGUACGCAGAAUUUCAUCUAUAUCCCACCAGUCUCUUACAAUUUCAGUACAUUGAUUUGUUCAUCUUUUUAGUCUCCUGAAAGUGUCUUGGCCAGCUAAUGUUACCCUUGCCAAGGUUUCUUUCGAGGCCUCAAUAGAGCUCUGCACGCUCUGAGAACCCUUUUAGUUUGCACGGUAAUUUUUCUCAUUUUCAAUCUUCAGUCAGUGUCUGAAGGCAGAACAUAAGUGAUGCAGAUGAGAAAGGACAAUCAGCCCCGCAGCCCUGAUAGAGCCUCUCAAAUGUCCUCCAGGGACGUUUACUGAUUAUUUAUGUUCAGAGGAGAGAGAGAAGAUGAUCUUUGGAGUCUGGCAGCAUUGCUGGAUGGGCAGUCUGGAGAUGAGGAGGUGUUUGUGUGGGACAACUUUCUAAGGCACCACAGUGUUUUAGUAAUGCAUAUCCAGUAUGUAGAGAAGUGACUACUGACUACUUGCCUUGCCUCUCAGUCAGCCAUUAUUUGCAGAGCCUCAAUUUUUGAGUGAGCCUUCUCUCAAAGCUGAAGGUUUCCAAUGUACACUUAAAAAAGAUCAUACUUAUGUCACCCAAAAUGCUCUUUAGAUUCUGUUUUAUGUAGGGCUACUCUGAAUGUGAUUGCACUUGUUAAGUACAUCACUGCAAACAACCCCAAAAUCAUUUUUCCUGAUAAAAACUCACCAAGUGCCAUUGCUAUAAUCACGUCUAUUCUCAUAUUGGCGUUUUUGACCAGAGAAAUCCUGUAUCUUCAGAGUUGUAAAGGCAGUUUCAUGAUAGGAGUUCAAUUAAAUAAGGACAGCUUUUGUGGCUCCCCUGAUUCGAUACCUUUACUGUCUUAUUCCUACAGGAGAGCUUGUUGCUUCUCCUUCACAUCAAAGUUGAUUUAUGUUGACUUACCCUUUAAGCAGCAGGUGUGCAUUUGGAUCAAGAGUCUGAAGCAUAUCAACCCAGCUGUGUCCAUGGCUAGUAUAGAUACACAAAACACAUUAAAGGGUGUUGGUAUAUUGGCACUUUUUUAACAUGAGUGGUCACUAGAGUAAAUAAAAACCUUUUGCUGUUCCCUGGUAAUGAAAAGAGAGAAAAUACAUGUUCAGUUUCUGUGUGGUGGUGCUCCAACAGAGUUUCAGUGCUAUUAUUUUGUUGCACAGAUAUACGGCAUUGUUUAUUUUGUGUUUCAGUAAUGGUGUCAGGGGGUUGUGUCUUUACUUUGGAGGAUAGGAUGGAUAGAGUUGGAAAUGGAGAUAGAUCAGGGAGGCCAUCUGCAUAAAGAAUAGUCCCUGUAUAUGGGACAUGCGCUUACUGUAGACCUCUGGGCCAGCCGUGUGCCAUAUCAGGAUGUUUUUUCCCUCUCAGGAGUAAUUCUGUAUCAUCGUUUCUAUGAAUAUACACUGAACCCUUCCUGCAGAUCAUACUUUGACCACAUGUAAUUUUUGUUGUUUCUCCUCAGUGCAAAUCAAAUCUGUGAGACUGUGAAAUGUGAGUGUCACAGACAUAUCUGUAAGGGUUAGAGUCAUACAUUUAUAUAGGUAGUGACACACUCUUGUAAAUACAGUCAUUUUGAUAUCUGAUACAUGUUUACAUACAUAUGUUCUUGUUUAGUUGCAGGGCAACACAAGAGUACACAUAUUGUGUUUGCAAGGACAAUUUCAAGCCGUAGCAAAUCGAUUUUUUGCAGCCAGUGAUCAAAUACCUGUCUGCCUCACUCUCUGCUUUAUCAGCCCUGUAAACAUGAGAAAAGAGCUAACAAACACAGAAAAACACUCACUUAAAGAUGGACAGUUUUCAUAUCAAGCAUAUUCAAUUUUCUGUUUGUGCCUCAGUCAGCUGCUAUUAGCUUAAAUAUUUGGGUAUCUUCCUUUUUAUUCAUACUAUCUUUUUAAAUCUAGAAGUUAAAUAAUGGUUUCUUUUUCUUUUAAGUUUAUGUGUUGUCAUUUCAAUUUUAUGUUUUGUCUUAAAAAUCUCACGCUGGCCAACUAAGACUUCAGGGCAUAUAAAUCAUGCAUUAAUAUUGAGAGGAGAAUAAGACGGUUUUGAAAUAUGCUGAAACUGGAGAUGAGCAUCUGCAGAACACCUUCUCUGAGCUUUAACACCAACAAGAGCUCCUUUUUCAGUUCACACAAAUCUAACCUUUUCCUUGCACUUUCUGUAUUUUAUUAUCAUAGGUUAUUUGUAAUUGAUUUCCCAAAGAUCUGUGAUUAUUAUUUAGGAAACCACAUACUUACAUAGGCUAUACAUGUAUAAGAUACAGUAUGUUUAUCCUGCUCGCUCGCUCUCUCUCUCUCUUGUUGUUGUAUUUAUCUCCCUCCUCUCCUCUGUGGCUCUGUACUGCUGGAUGGUGUUGGAAAUGGCUUUGAGGCUGGUUGCUAUGGUGAAACAUGAUGGCAUCAACUGAGAGGUGGCAUCAAGUUUUUGAGGAACCGGGUUGCCAGCGUGUGUAUAUUUUUCAUGUGUGUAUAAUUGUACACCUGUACAUCCACAAGCGCACUGUUUGUGUGAACGUACGCUGUCCCCUCUCUUUCUGUCUCGUCUCCACCUGUCAUUGUCCUGAUUGGUCUGAUGGAGAGUGCUGUUUUGAUUUAGUUGAAUAAAUCACAAAUGGACUGAUAUGGAGUUUUUUUAACAAACCCGUAUAGUGAGUAGGAGGAAGAGGAGACAAAAACAUGAUAACAACAGUUUGACAAGUGCUUGUUGUGGAGACACAGAAAUGUGUUUGUUGAGGCGAAAACUACACUUUGCAGGCACCGGCAUCUGAAUGUUAAAUAAAGUAAUAGAACAUUGUGCAAUAAAUAAAUUGUAAAUAGAGACACACUUGAAAAAACUGCACAUUUUUGUCCGUUUUUUUGAUACAACUUCAUUUUUCUUAUGAUGAAUAUUCCAUCUUUUAAUAUCGCUGUGAGCAUUUAGCUUUUCUUUGUAAGUGAUGUAAAAUAGAAAAAAGAGAGAGUUUGCAAUUGUCUUUCAGGUGAGACCAUAGACUGUAUAUAGAAUGGACGCCGUCUGCCUCCUCGCUGGGUGAAGCCACUCUGAGAACAGCACCCUCUGGUGAUGGGCUGCAGUAUAGGUCAUAAAUCCCGCCUCCUUCAGCAAUCCCUAUGGAGCUGUGGACAAACUUUAAGAAUUAAAAAUUAAUUACAUAGAAUAUAAAUUUUUCUCCCCCCUGCUUGUGACGUUGAUAUGUAGUUACUGUAAGACUGGUUAACUCCAUUUUUAAAAGUUAUUAGGGGGUUCAUGUUUUCUAUGAUUGACACUUGAUACAGCCUAUGGGUGUACGAAGAUUGCGUAGCUCAAACGGGGAUACAAUGUUUAAGCUGAGCGUCAUCACAACGACUCUCGGUGACUCUCCUGCUGAAUGCGCACAAUGCUACUGCGCAAUGUUGGUUACAGGAAACGGAGAAAUAUCACGGAAAUACCGAGAGCUUUUUGACUUCAAAUCCAUAUACAGUUGAAAAGCAGAACCAAGUUGUCCAUAGUAGAUACAGUCUAUGAGUGAUACCAAAGCAACAGCCAAUCACAUAACUUGUUUGCACUGUUAACUUCAAUCUAUUAUGUAUCAUUGGUUUAUUUAGAAUUAAGCAGUAUCACUCAUCCGUAUCUGGUAAUAUCAUUAUUUUGGAGUUCAGCAUGUCUUUUAACAGACUAUCACCAGAAAUAGGGUUCGAAUCGAUUUUGUCAAUAUACAGAAAAUUCCUUUUGAUUAUUUUCUUAUACAUGAUUGUCAAUUAUAAAACAAUAUUUGGUAUAUUGUUUUAAUACUUUACGCACAUAGACAGACCAUUACCACUGUGUCGUUUUUUUUGUCCCUCAACGUCAUUGUUUAUCCUAUUAAUGCAGAUUAGUGUGAGGUUGAAACAUGACCUCUCAGGAGACAAACGUUCAUUGUUUACAUCUCUUAUUCUCAUUCUUGCCUGUCUCUGCACAAGUACUCUUUAUAAUUAAAAAGCUGUCAGGGUGUAAAUGAACUGCAGGACCAGACACAUUGAGAAAUGAACACAAACCGUGUGCCGCACAAAGCAAGAGUACAAGGUGUUUCUGUUCUGUAAUUGCUGUUGUUCUUAAUUUUCCUCGGAGCUGUCGUCUUUUGUUGACUCUCAUUCCUGUGAUGAGUUUCUCACUGUAUGAAUUGAGGACCAAAAUUACAGAACACACUGCCCUGUUAUGACUCAGUGGAUGAAGGAUUUUUAUCACUGAGCGAUUGUGUUUGGUUGUUAGGCGAAGGGGGAUACAGACACCCAUUUAUUUAUUGAUCUGCAGUUCAUCAUCAUAUCUGCUCUUUGAUAUCAUAAUGUCAAUAUCCAGAAUAGUUCAUGCGUUUUGUGUUUGUGCUACAAGACUGAUCUUGAUGAAAGCUUUUAUCCUCCCUCUUUUAAACAGACAAGGGUGUAAUUAUCCCCUGAGUGAGAAUUUUUGGUCUUAUCUGCCAAAAUUUGUCAGAUUGUAUUUGUAUUUUACAUCCACUGACAUCUUACAUCUGGUAGUUUUAUCAUAAAUUCCAAGGUGUUUGAUAUAUGUGUGAACAUAUAUAUAGAGUACAACUCAGAGAUACUAACUGUGCACAUUAGAGCUGCUGUCAAAAUGUGCAGGACUUGUGACUUAGCGCGACCACAUAACUCCAAUUUUAGUGACCCUUCAUUGGCUCCCAGUCCGCUUUCGCAUUGAUUUUAAUUUUUUGUUUUGUUUUUAAAGCCCUCAAUGGUCUUGCCCCUGUGAACCUGUCAGAGCUCCUGUAUCACCACUCCCCAGCCAGAGCCUUAAAGUUAUAUUCUGGUGUAAAAUUAAUUUAGGGUCAAACACACCCUAACACUGAGUUAGACACCCCCUCAAGAGAUGAAUGUUGCCGCCGGCUGGCUUCUCUACUUAUACCAACUUAAGUAAUGACCACACGAUAGCAAUACACAGUGAUCUGAGGAGCCAUAAAUGAACCUCAACCAAAACGCCACUCUAAGGCCACAAAUAAUGCUCAGAACAGCACCUAACUUCAUCAACAGGACAUAUAGGGUCCCAGCCACAGCACUAGCCACCAAACAUCUUUUUGGCGUUGCCUAAUUUCCUUAGCAAAGAGACGAAACACAACUCACCUACUCUCUUCCAGCAGCCGCUUGUUUGUAGUGAAACCUUGGGCCAGUCCAUUAUGGACUACAGCGGGGUGUCACAGCUCAAGGAAUAACAUUUAUUAUCAUUUCUUCAUGGAAAUGCAAUCAGACUGAGACGCUAAGGCAGAAGAACUACUGCAUCUGCUGCGCAAAACGGUUAAUAUGGUGAUUAUUAUUUCAAGGAAAUGAUAAAGAAAUGAUAAAGCAAGCGGUCGGCGACAUUCAUCUCUUGGGGGGGGUGUCUAACUCUGUGUUACGGUGUGUUUGACCCUAAAUUAAUUUUACACCAGAAUAUCCCUUUAAAUCAUCCUUAUAGACCGACCUUUUCUCCCUUGCUUUUAUUCUUUUACUGUCUGUAUUUUAUUCCACUGUUUUUAAUUUUAUUGUUAUCUAUUUAUUUACUCCUUUUAUUUAUCUCAUGUACAGCACUUUGUUUGACUGCUGUCUUCUUAAAGGUGCUUUAUAAAUAAACUUGCCUUGACUUGACUAGUCCUCCUCAUCCAGAGAGUGAAUCAUGCACUGAGGGCUCUGAGGAGCCAGAAACCCAAACCAACAGCUGAUGCACAGCACCUCCGUGUGUCCAUGAGUGAUCAUUACACAUACUUGUCACCGUUCAAUGAGUCCCCCUGUUGGUGUGAGAAAAUAAACCCUGUCAGUCACUGCAGCAUUCGAGUGAUGUUACUGAACGCUGCAGGUGCAAUCAAAUCAAAUUAGUCAAUCACAGAGAUGCCAACUGGGAAGACGGUCAUGUGCCCGUGUUGGUUCAUGCGUCUUUUUCCUGAAGCAGAUAUUCUUGUUUUAAAAGCCUUCCAGUGAGCUUUUAAAUGAUAAUUAGUCACUGCUGUUGCUAUGGCCACGAGAGCAGAGGCGGCCGCGUGAUCACUGCCUCCUCGCGAAGAUGCUGAGUUAGGAUGCAAGUGUUGCACACACACCACACUACACAUCUCAGCGCCGCCUCGAUCUCUCAUCUUAUAUUAAAUGAAUUAUAAACAGUCACCAACACCGCACUCUCAUCCAUAAAAUGAUGAGAUUGCCAGAGUGACGGAAUCAGCUGUAUUUUCCGCGUAAAUUCAAAGAGAAAAGCAGUUUGACUUCUGAUGUAACCGGGUAACUGUAUCGUUUAAGGCUUUAGUCAUUUUGAUUUGAUAUAAACCAUCUUUUAGUUCGUGUUUUCCUGCCUUACUGAGGUAUUUGCUCAUCUGAGUCAUAGCCAGUAAUCGCUGUGAGCUUUCCAAACUAAUGAGUGUGUGGAUCUGCGCAAACAAAUUUGAGAACUGCAGAAAAAACGAAACCAAACAUGAAGAAGGUCAAUCAUUAUGAGCAGUUCCCAAACAGUGAGUCACAUCCAUAGAAAGAUCUAAAGAUAGACAAGAUUUCACCCACUGUUCAACACCUGACAAGAUGACUCCCUUGUUUAACAUCUCUGUGCCUCUGCUGUCUUUCUGUCAGUAAGGUGUGAGGUACAGUGUGUGUGCGUGAGAGUGUGUGUCAGAUGUGUGGGAUGUAGGGGGUUCAUCUUCCCCCUGUUUGAACAAAGUGCAGGUCAUUGACCCCUGAAAGGACAAAUUAUUACUAUUUUUUAUUUUAUUUUCAAACUCCUAACCUUAUGGAAAUGUGGGAGAGAAGACUGUAGCUGCGUUUACAUGGGCACAAUUAAUCAGAAUAGACUUGAUCGGAAUAAUAAUGCGUCAUGUAAACAUGUUGAUCGGAAAAUUCUGAUCCAAUUUGGCUCGAUUGGAAAGAAAUUGCAUUCCGAUUGAGAGGGAUGGGUUAUGCCGAUCGUUAUUCCGAAACGCAUCCAUGUAAACACUUAUUCUGAUCGUGACUCUCUAACCUGACUCAGUCUUCACUCUUUCGCCUUUGGUUUAUUUAUUGAGGUCAGUACAGGAGGUUUAAUUAUUAACAUUCUGGCAUAAAACUCAACCGCAGCUGCCGCGUCUUCUCCUCCGGUAUCGAAACAAGUCGUACAUACAGCAUAAUGAUGUCACAUCUGUACGCACAGUGCAAACUUUGACCAACAGUAAAAUAAGUAUGCAAGGGCGCCAUCUUUGUUGGUUUGUUAACAGCACAGACGUAAAUACAACUCUUUCUCUGCGGUUGUUUUAGCAAAAUUAGACAACUCCGCGCAUGUCCAAAUGCUUCUAAUCUGAAUAAAGCUUGGUGCAUGUAUACGCACGUCAUGAUUGGAUUAUUUGAUUUUAUAAACAUUGUAUUCAGAUUAUCCGAUCCCUCAAAUUUUAAAUCCGAUCAAGAAAUUUUGUACAUGUAAACAUGGCUUGUGACAGGGCAGCAGUAAAUUAUAAAUACAGCUGCAUGCUUCCUGUGUAAAGACUGUAAAAUUGUGUUUUUAAUACAGUUUAAGAAAAAGCAGUUCUUCUCUUAUCAUGUGGAGGCCAUAAAUUUAUACAGAAAUACUUAUUAGCAUAAAAGCUUAAGACUGAAUAUUGAUGGUUUCCUGGAGAUAUGAUGAAGUACAGAUAAAUUAACAGCAGAUAUCCUGGAUCCGCCGCAGAAAAACAGAGGCUCUCUGCCUGUUUAUCGUGGACUGUUUGUGUUAGAGUGACACAUCCAGCUCUUUUCAUGCAUCUCUAAUACAAAUAUGAAUAUGUUAAUCAGUAAGCACCACAGUAACAUGAGGAAAAAAAGGUAGUUAGGAGAUUAAAAGACCAACUCUGUGGUCACAUCCAUUAUUAUACUCUUAAAUUUGUUAAGGGAUAUGAGUGUGUCUAGAUCUCUAAUAGGAGGUGACACUGUGGCUGUGGAGCAUAAUUUCACCAUAGAGAAAAGAAAGAGGUUGAUAAAGAGAGAGGUGACUCAUCAGCCCUUACAGAGUUUUCUGCCUCUUACUAUAGAAUCGACCGCCAUUGUUUCCUGUGGAUAUAAGUGGUUUCAUAAUGAAAAUGCUGCCAUUAACACAAAUCUCAAGACAUUUACUCUUAUAAAAACGAACAGCAUGUUGGUUUCAAAUGAAAUUUAGUUGAAGGAUAAAAAACCUGUUUAGUUUCUAACCGAUCUUACGGCAAAUGAAAUAAAAAAAAAGAGGAAUAAUAGUUGUUUCAGUGGAGGUCUAUGCUCUCUCGGUGUCCUUCUUACACAGUUUUCUGCUUUGAGUUCAUUUGGUUCAAAUUUCUUAGUUGAGGCUGUCUAUUUUUUUUUCUACUGUCUGUCUGCAAACCUUGGAUAAUAUAUCCGAUCUAUAAAAAACUUCUCUAAUUGAAUUGGUUUUUAGUAUUUGAAGUAUUUUGUGCUUGUUUUGUAAUGUUGAAGUUUUAGUUGUUUUUUUAAAACGUUUUUUGUUUCGAUUUGUCUUUAACACUCAUUGCAAAAUUAUAGUACGUGGUGUACAGUUUUACAAAGGUCUAUAAACACUACCUUUAGAGACCUGUAGCCUAUCUGGAUGAAAUCUUUUCAGGGAGACAAGGUUUCAAAGUAGCUUGUUUGUCUAUCACUGCGUGUGCCCAUAUUGCUCAUAUUCCCCUUGCAUAGGAAACUGUAGUAUGGCAGUGUCUGCAUGUUAAGUAGUUCUGUGAAAGUGACGACUCUGUGAUACACCUGCCUUUUACUGAGUCUGAGUGCGUUUGUUUAGGUUUGAUUCACUAUGAAAAAAGCCGAGUUGAUACUCAGCACUCACCUGACAGUGUCUAUGUUUCAAACUCUUUCGACGUAGAUUGAAAAGCUGGAGGAGAUUUAUUUUCUAAAGUUGACUUUCUUUUAUCAUGAUGUUUUGUCGUCAUGGCUGAUACAUGGUGCAGGAUUUGCAAAAAGACACUUUUCUGUUGAAGUAUUGUGUCGGAUAAAUAAACUCUACAAUGAGGGAUUUGCUUGAUAAAACAACAAAAUGGCCAUCAGGAGGAUUUAAUGUUUGUGUCUAGGGGUGUCCCGAUACAACUUUUUUACUUCGAUAUGAUACCGAUAUUGUAGCCUUCAAUAUUUGCAGAUACUGAUAUUGAUCCCAUAUUGGCACGAAAUUGUGCAUAACAAGUUUUGCUCUCAGCAGCAAAUUGUUUUUCGAACUUCAACAUAAAAUACUGCCACACGGCCGACAUCACUCCUACUCCUUGGUACUUCGUUAGUAUCUUAGUACACACUGCUGUUGUGAUUACGUGGGCUCUGCAUGCUGGAUCCAGGCACCGCUAGCUAAAGGUGCCGGAGUUGAGUCUGGAAUGGACUGCUUGUAUCACAGUGCUGAUAUCGGAAAUUUUAGAUGCAGGCCGAUAUAUAUAUAUAUAUUUUGGCUGAUCUAGGACCGAUACCCGAUAUCAAUACUGUAUUAGGACACCUCUAUUUGAGUCUGAGUGUAAAUGCUUCACAGCUGUUUAUAUAAUAUUUACAUUUCUCUACCAUUUAUUGUGAUAGCAGAACACGCCAUGCACCUUUUCCGAGCUUACCAUCAGUAUUAAAUCAGAAUUGGAUAAGUUUUGCAUUAAUAUUUAGAAUUUUAAAUGCACAACUCUAUAUAUUGUCACUCUUUGAAUGAAAAUGUGUUGUUUCAGGUGAUAGCAGCACACACAAACACACAGAUAAGAUUGCUUUCAAGAGGAAGGAUGCAAAGGCACUUGGGUGUAUUGAAGCAGUCCAUCUGGUUGCCUCACCGGGACACUGGAACAAUGUUUCAUCCAGCGUGACAUUUUCUAAUCCAAAUCAUGUUUUAUGCAUGGCCUCUGCUGGGCCACUGAGGGAUGAGAUACAGGGAUUUUUGUUGAUACAAGGACUGCGUCUGUGUGUGUUCGGGAGUCAACUUGUGGCAGAUGCCUCAGCAUAGUUUCAGACAGUGCUAUGACCAGGGAGAUACAGGGACAGUCUCAGAUCUCAGUCGCAGUAUAAGUUCAAACAUAGGAAGUUAUCACAUUAGUUUGGCAUACCUUCAUUUUUUUGUCCUUUUCCAUGUGUGACCCCAUGCAUUCGUUUCGUAUUGCUGUGAGAUUUAUUACUCAGUCAAAACACCAAGUUCCUCUCUUUCACUCCUUUCUUCAAAAUAAGGAUGCCACACCUCACACCAAGGCUCAGACCUCAGACCUAGGCUUUUGCCAUCACUCUAAAAUAGAUUUCUUUGACUUUUUAAGUGAAGAUAUUGUCCAAAGUCUUGAUGGAUGGAGCUUUAAAACAUCUGCUGAUUCCUCGUAAUUCUCCAUUGGCCUCUUUUGGCUGAAAGUUUGUCUUUUUCAUCAACCGCUCCAAACAUGUAAUGAGCUUUUCUUAUUCUGCUCCACACAGGAUGAUGGGUUUAUUGUGAAAUAAUAGAGCUGUGCUGUUGCCUGUCACUCCAGUUGGAAUGAUAAAAUUCAAUGUUAUCUGAUUAUGACAGAGAUUUGAGAGAGAUUUUAGUAGACUGUCAGGAGUGGUUGAAUAUGCAAUGUAAUCACAGUUUAUGAAAAGGCCUGAAAACAGAAUAAAUAGUGGUGCUUCUGAGGCAGAAGAUAGAAAAGCAGUGGUCCCAUUAGCUAUAAGAAAGGUUUCCCAAUGAACACAAAACUACGAAUCAAGCACCAAGUUUCUAGUGCUUAUUUGUCCUACAUUAAUCAUUGGUAAUGUUAAGUAUCAAAGAGGAUAAGACAUUCGAGCACUAUGUAGGUCUUUUACAACAUUUAUUUCUGUCCAACAUUGGGUCGCAGCAGCUCUGAAGUGAGUGCUCCAUCUUUUCCCACCAAUUAAUCCCUCUGAUACUGUUUUUACUCAUAAUUAAGAGUUGAUCAUCAACUUACACCAAUUUAUUGCCUCCCUUGGCUCGCCUCCAGUGCCUGUGAAGUACAUCAUGCUCCCAUGUGUGAUGUGACGUAAUGUGGAUCAGAAGUGACUCACUCCUCAGUUUUGUCCUAAUUGCUGUCUUGGAAGCUCUGACUGAAAAUAAAACCAUUUGUAGAGGGAGGCAGAGAAAAGGAAAACGUAUCUGAUGUAACUGUUGUAGUUUGAGACCCUGAGAAGUAUCAUAUUGUGAGAACAAGAAACAAGGAGGAAAAAAAACCUGUAUACUUUGGAGUUUCUUUUCUUUAAGCAUUCUUGACAUAGUUAUAGAAUGUGACACAGAUUCCCAAACCAUGAAAUGUGUAGCUAGUUUUCAAAUUUAACAAAAUCCAACAAGACAAUGACUCCAGUUUUACUGUAGAGCUCAGAUGUCACGGAUAUGUCAUGAAACUCUUUUUCCCCAACCUUGACCUACUUACCCUGGUGUUAAGUUCAGAAUCCCCCCAACCACAUUUUUACUGUACUCUUGACCUCUACAAGAUCAGAUAAAAUUCAUAUCCUUAGUCGUCUGAUUCUGGGCUUCAUCACGCCCCUGUCCCCUCAUGUACUAAUAGAGUGUAAUACUGACCAUUUUUCCAAAGGCACCCCUGUUUGUUGUGGCAUGUGGUUUUCUUCAAGAAAUGGUAUCAGGUUUGUAAGGUUUUCAAUACUGUAAAAACAAGAGUCCCACCUAGGUUUUUGAGGGAAUUAGUUUUGUGUUACACCUACAACGAGCAGCGGAGUUUCGCAGCUCAAGGAAGAACAUUUAUGAUUAUUACUUCAUGGAAAUGCAACCAGACCGAGACACUAAGGCAGAAGAACUACCUUAUCUGCAGUGCAAAAUGAUAAUUAAGAUGAUUAUUACUUCAUGGAAAUGAUAAAGUAAUGAUCAUAAAUAUUCUUCCUUGAGCUGCGAAACUCUGCUGCACUCUGUGACAUCCAGUGAUAGCCGGAAUAUUCCUUUGCACUCGGUGAUCGACUCGUCAGGGUUCCCCCACAAACAAGCAGCUGCUGGAGGAGAGUGGGUGAGUUGUGUUUAGUCUCUUUGCUAAAGAAAUCAGGCAAAGCUAAAAAGAUGUUUGAUGGCUAAUACUGUGGCUGGGACCCUAUAUGUACUGUUGAUGAAGUUAGGUGCUGUUCUGAGCAUCAUUUGUGGCUAUAGAGCGGCGUUUUGGUUGAAGUUUGCAUGUGGAGAUUAAGACCACAGAGUAUUGCUGUCGUUACUAAAGUUGGUAUAACUAAAGAGGCAAUCAGUCAACAACAUUCAUCCCUCGAGGGGGUGUCUAACUCAGGGUUACGGUGUGUUUGACCAUAACUUAAAUUUACGCCGGAAUAUCCCUUUCAGUCGAGCACUAGGUAACAUCUUAAAGUAUGUUGAAACAAAGCACCAAACACAGACUUUUGGUUCUGCACAGGUAAAGAGGACUCGUCCUCAUGGUGAAAGUCUUGCCACCCUGAUAUGACCCCUCACACACACACUGGACCAGCUGAAGUUCUUGUAAGUCUUUAAAUAACGCCAUCGAUGGGUAACAUCAAAGCGGGUAGCCUUGUGCAGACAUCGAGAGGUAGGUUGUGGGUCAGUAUGAAAGCCCAACAUGGUGUGACAAAGUGUCAGUGUGGUACAGCCUCAGAAGGAGAAUAGCCUUGAGUAUAGGAGUGAGAAAAUGGUGUACUCUAGGAGGAGGAGCAACCCAUGAGCUGUAAGAGGUCUACAACUUCUUAGCCCUAUCCCUUUGAAGGCAGUGCCCCUUAUUUGGGAUGCAUAGCUGUGCAAAGUUGCUCUGAACCGAGUUAAUCAGAGGUAGAGGAAUCAUAGAAGCGAGGAAACUGGGGAAAAAAUAGGGAGAUGAAAAAGUCGCUCUGAUGCACAGCCUACUACGAAGUAAAUUUAGGGAUAAACUGGGGCUUCACAGGUUGAUUUGAUGAAAAUAUACAAGUAUCAAACACACAGACUCACUCAUACAAAGAUAAACGUCGUUCAGCAGAUGUCACAUGAUCUGUGUGUUUCAUGAAGGCUGUUCGCUCUGCAGCUGUGCUUCAAGCCAGCCUGACCAUGAGCGGCUUCAGACACAAAACAGAGAUCCAUUUUCAUGUUGGUGUGCGCCACAACCAUUAUUGUAAUUACUGAUACUGCUGGCCUCCUGUUACCAAUGAUAAAAUGCCUCUGGGAAAACUCUGAACAAAAUUCUGGACAGGAAAAAUCAAAUUUGUUGAAGGGAUCUAAUCAUUUGCCCCAUAAUGCUGUAAUGGCUAUCAGACCAGAGGGAUAAAAGGAGGAGGAAAGCACUCUGUUUUCUGAGGAGGAUUUACUGUACUUGUGUUUUCAUUUGAUUACAUGAAAGUCAGUCUCCCUCCUUUUGUCUAACUCUCAUAUGACCAAAACUCAACUUCAAAGUCCUGCCUUCAGCAUCUAAUAUUAAGCAGGGUACUGUGCUUACACCUGUUCCUCUGUGGAGAGGCUUGUUCCAUUUACUCCUGCUUUCAUCACAGCAGGUGUUACGCAGGAUACAGACCAUUAAACACAGAGGCUCCUCACACUCAGUGUCAACUCUUGCAUCUAUCUCCAAAACUAACCAAAGGUUGUAAAGUUCUCAGUAGGAUAACUCUGUUGCAUGACGUGAUUACGGCUGGUGGGAGUCAGUGCAGAAACAACGAUGCAGUUACAGAAGGUCUCUCCGUAAUUACCGAGCCAUCUUGCUUCUUAAAACCCAGGGAGAAUUGACCAUGCAGGUUAUUUUCCUGCAGAUUUUCAUGCCUUGAUUGCUUGUUGAAACAAGCGCAUUACAGUAUGAAUUACAGAAACCUUAAAAGAACACUGCUCUCCUGGGUUUCGGCACAGAAACUCGACCAUCUCUUAUGUACUAGGAUUUCUCUCCUGUGGGGGAAUAAUAGUUCCCUAAAUUGCAGAAGAAAAAGCAGCAGAGGUGUGUAGGAGGGACUUCUGACUUUACCACCCACUCUAGUAAAAUACAAACUUCUGCCAAACAUGCUUUCAGUAAUUUAAUACAUUUUAAGUUGACUCAUACUUUCACAGAGUUGAAUAACACGGCUCUGAAGUUAUUAAAUAGGUUACGAUCUAUGGCUGUUAACAUGCAAAUAUUUUAUUCUUGACUCCUCCUCUUGGGGUUUCAUGAAAACUGAUUUAUUUCAUUGCAGUUGAUAGAAAAAUCUCAGUAAAAAGACACAAAAAUUCAGGAUUUAUGAUAAAUGUAAAUUUUAUUCUCGCAACCAGAAGUGCUCCCUGAUUGUGAGGUUUUAGAGUCUUUUGUCCUCGCUUUCUCAGCCUUCUCCGAUCCUCAUCAUCGUUUCCAAAUAUGGUGAACAGGCAAUUCAAACAAGUCACAGUUGCACUUGGUUUUAUCCUAUUUGUUAUGCUUCUGCCGUCCUUGCAUAGUUUCACUAUCACAGUGAACCUAUACUCCACCUUAUCUCCUACGUGAACCCACACUCCUGGAAUUUUACAACCCUCUGCGCACAACUUGAGUAGUAUUUUUCCAUCAGCAGCCUGCUCUGUCAAUGCUCUCUUUCUCUUUGAGACAAGUGAAACACCUUAGUGACUUGACAUUUUUAAAGGCCAUACCAUCAGAGAAUGCAAUCGAUGUGUCAUUCUGUUUUUCAGUACCUCAACAGCAGCAGGUUGUGAAACUUAAAAAAAAAAAAAAAAAAAAAGGAUUCAGUUCUUGGCAAAUUUCAUACGCUUCUAUUUAGUAAUUACAAUAAACUUUUGUUUUAUUUUCUUACUUGAGGCAAUUAACUGCAUGUAUUAUCGACAACUAUAUUUGUGGGAAGCAGAGGAACCAGAUUAAAGCCAUGUGGCGAGCACAACACCGCUGAAAAAAUGCAGCCAUAGACUGUAUAUAGAACGGACGUUAUCUGCCUCGUCGCUGGGGGAAGCCACCAUGAUAACAGCACCCUCUGCUGACAGGCUGCAGUAUAGGUUAUAGAUCCCGCCUCCUCAAGCCAUCCUCAUGGAGCUGUGGACAAACUUAAGAAAUUUAUUACACAGAAUAUAAUUUUUUCUCCCCCCCUGCUUGCGAUGUUGACAUGUAGUUACUGUAAGACUGGUUUGUGCUCAAGUCCUCUUUUUUUCUGUACAGCUUCGUUUUUAAAAGUUUCAUAGAGGGUUCAUGUUUUGUAUGAUUGACACCUGAUACAGCCUAUUGGCGUACGAAGAUUGCGUAGCUCACUCGGGGAUACGCUGCUUGAGCAAAGCGUCAUCACAGCAACUUUCGGCAACUUUCCCGCCGAAUGUGUACAGCGCUACUGCGCAAUGUUGGUUUCAGGAAGUGGAGAAACAACACGGAAAUACCGAGAGGUUUUCACCUUCAAAUCCAGAUGCUGGUGGAAAGUGGAACCAAGUUGUCCAUAGAAUAUACAGUCAAUGGUUUAGUCCUAGAAACACAUCAACUGUGAUUUUAAACCGUUAAGGUUAUUUUCAGCAGCUACUCAAAUUCAGACAUUAAGUAUUAAAAAGCAAACAGCAACAAUAGAUAAGUAUUUUGAUUAUUUUAUUGUUUAGACCCCCAUUACAACUAGUUUCACAACUUGUGACCAGUUCAGGGUGUUACUGAUUGAUUGAUGUCACUCAUCCAGUCAGAUGCCUCGGUUUGGACAAGUGAUGAGCGAUAUGGGCUGAAAAAUGUAUCACAAUAAGAUUUGCCAUUCUGGCGAUAACGAUAAAAGCCCCAAUAAAAAACAUCAUAACUCCAAUCUAUAUUUUUGACUUAUUUUGUCUUGAACACCAGUUGGAGUAGUCAAAUAAGAUACUUAACCUGAAGUUUGAGUGUUAGGUUAUGGAGAAAACUAAUGACAUCAAACAAGUCUCACAUGUGAAACAGUGAACAGCAGCAGCAGAUCCACUGUCCGAUGUCAGUCAUACCGGAUUACGCUCAUCUAAGCCCCAGUCUUAAAGGAAUUCCUUCAUGUGGAGCCUCGUUCAGUAACAAGCUGCUCAGAAACGCUGUUUUCAUCACCUUCGGCCAUGUUCGUUUGUUAUUCUGCUCUGUGUGUAGCUAUGACUCACUCACCCUUAUGUCAUCAACUUGCAUUCAUUGUAUCUAUCAUGAGGUGGCAAAUAUUUAUCAUGGAGGAUUUUUCUGACAAUAUAUCGCAAACAAUAAUUUAUCGCUCAUCUCUAGUUUGGACUAACCAGCACAGAAAUAUCUUCAUUUCACUGGUAUUUCACUGUCUUCCUGCUUUACUUUGGCAGUCUACCGUUGCACUAAUGCAUCCUUUUUGGUGUGUGAUAAAUAAUUUAGAAAAGAUGCACAAGGGAGCACACGAGGGACUCCGGUGUGUGACAUGUCUUCUUUAAAUAACGUUUUGAUUGCUAUAUGUCAUCUUUACAGUUCACUAUGUUUGUGCCUGAUCUGAUCAGUUCAAACACGAGUUCUGCGCUGCACUGCAUUCAAAUGCCCCAGUAAUAAUGAUUAUAUGUGUUUUCAAAAGUGUGUGAAAGUGUUUUCAUAGUUUGGACUGGUCUUGCUGCAUCGAGUGUCCUAAAUCCGUGGGAGUUGGUGCAACACGGGAAUGAUGAAAUACUGGAAAUGCAGUUUUGCCUGAGGCUGUUUAGUAGGGAGUCAGUAGACGGUUUGAUGCUUUCAUCUGUGCCCACAAGCAGUAGAUUUUCUCCCCCAAUCUAUCUCAGAGGAUGAUGAAGAGGAAGAUUUAACUUUCUAAAAAAUGCAAACCUCUCUUAAGACUGUAAAAAUAUUUGCUGAUGUUGACAGAGCCGGAUUUAACGGACCCCCUUGUGAGGCACCUUUGUCACAAGAAGUCCGCUCGCUCGGACUGUGUAUAGAUGGACUCCUGACUAACCCUGGGAACACAGUGAGUGAUGUGUGUGUUUGUGUGGUGACAGUGAGGGGCGGCAGACGGAGGGCGGAAGCAGAUGUGUGUGUGAGAGCGGUUCAGAGCUGUGGCACUAUCACAGGGAGCCUUUGUCUGCCUGCAGAGACCGUUGAAUUAAAGGCUGUUAACACUAGACUGCACAGUCGUAUGCUAAUGCCUCUUACUCUGAGCGAAUAAAUAAAUGAUGGUUUCAGAAAACACAUCAGAGUCCCUGCUUUACAUGCCUCAUGAAACACAGCGUGUAAGAAAGAUAUAGAAGAGAUUGUGUACAGUGUUUGUGAAGAGGAAAGGAUGGCACUGUAGAAAAUAAAGGACAUCAAAGAGGAGAGACAAAAGGGGUUUCUCCAUCUUUUUUUCGCGUAAAGCUUCACACUCGAUGCUGAUGUAGGUGAUGCACGGGAGAUAACGAGAGAUAGAUUGGGCAGAGAAGCACGGAGCGAGAUUUGGUCAGAGAGGAAGGAAGGAAGGAAGGGGGAGGGGGGAUUUAAAGGGCAAGAAUAGGAGGGAGAUUUAGAUACAGAGCGAGAGUGAGAGAAGCAGGAGCAUUGAGCAGAGGCAGUGGAUGGGAGAGGAGAGGAGGAGAAGAAGCUCAUACUGGAGGCGUCCACAUGGGAGAGAAGAAAACGGCUAUUUCAUGCACUCAGCGUGCAUGACUGAGGAGUGCUGCUGACUGUCUGGAUUGUUAGUCAUCUGCUGGAGGACAUACUAAGAAGAAAAAAAACAAGCGGGUUGGGGAUAUUACAGAGCUGUGUGCAGAGGAUGAACAGGCGAUGUGGGCGCUCUGGCUGUGAUCGCUGUCCUUCUCAGACCCCAUAGCCACUUGUGCACUGGUGCUGUUGCAGGCCGUUAGCCUCGCAGUCAGGCAGCAGCAGCAGCAGCAGCAGUCAGGGUGAUUGAUACAGAAUGAGCUCCAAGCACUCCUCCGACUGGAUCCCCUACAGGUACUGUAGCACAUUCCUGAGAACAGUUGAAAGAGCACAGUGUUCAUCUUUUUUCCAGCAGUGUGUGCAUGUUUGUGUGUUCAGUCAUGUGUCUGACAAGGAGAUCAGAUGGAUAACGGGGACAUUGGAUUGACACAAUAAAAGACAACACAGUGAUAUGAGAGCUGAUUAUUAUUUUGGUGAUGUAAUGUUUUAUGGGGAUUUUUAUAUUACUGGAGUAAAGAGAAAUGCACUUAGAGAUUAGAUUCAGGCUUUAAAAAAAAAGGACAACCUCAGAAAAAAUAAAAUAAAUUAUGCAAAAGUGAAACCCAGAAUUUCAACUGCAAGUACUGAGGUCUCAGUUUGGCCUAGAUACAAAUUCUCUCCUUUUGCAUUACAUGAAACUGAAAAAUCAGUCAAAGUGAAUUGAAUUUUGAUUAUUUAAUGGAUUUAUAGAGGAUUGUUUUGCUUGGAAUCAUUCUGAAUGAAGAAAUGGAGUUUAAAUUUGUUAAUAUUCUCACUUGAAAAAUCAUGAGAAGUUUUUGUGCAAAUGUGCUUGUUUUAUGAGCAUGUCCAUCUGAGCAUGAAAAAUUAAUUCUUGCUUUUCUAACCAAGUUUUUUUUUUCUUUUUUUUUCAUUUGCAAAUGUCAGGGUUUGGUGCACGUUCAAGCAUUGAGUCCCCCCGCUGUAAAACCCAUAUCUGCUCUCAUCAUUUCAAGUGCAGCACUAACGCUGCUGGCUCGCUCCUCUGAUUGAACAUCCAUUGCCAUGGUUCCCUGCUUACUUUGAUGCUAUUGGCUUACGGUUGCUAUAAGUUACUGAGGCAGUCUAUGAAUUUCAGAAUUAGACUGCAUCAGGGCCACAGCAAGAAAGUCUGCAGAGUACAAUUUAUAUGAAACUUAAGGAACAGAUGACAAAAGACAUACGAACUUGAAGUGAUUAUCAGGAAGAAAAUAUCACCCUUCCAACCCCCUCAGGUAUCCCAUUUGUAUGUCAGUACGGGAGGGGGCAGCCAAGGAGAAUGGUGCUUUCUCAAUGAGCAGUUUUUUUCUCAUCCCGUGAAGCUGCCAUGAAAAUCGCACGGGCCUCUGUGCAGAGCUGGAGACAGCUGCACCGUGUGGCUCUCUCAUCAUCUCAUUAGAUACACACUGUGCAUGCCUUCACAGAAAGAAACCCUCAAAAAUGACGGAAUCAUAUCUCACCAACACACACAAAGAAACAGCCGUUUUGCAGUUUCCUCUGCUGGGAGCAGAUUCAACAGAUAAGCAUUUCAGGAGUGGAGUAAUUGUGAAAAUCGCAUAUUCUUUCACUUUUUCUCCAACAAAGAAACCCAAAAAUGGGGACAGAGAACAUAAGGAAAUGUGGGAAAUAAUCUGUGGUUGAAAAAGUGUUUAUGUCAAGUUACCUUUUUUUCUUUAAGUGUUUCAGUUUUAAACCUUAUGUGGUGUAUUUCCCUCGUGUGUAACAAUACUAUCUGUACUUUUUGCUGUUAACACAAAAGAUAUAAUUGGCUGUGUGCAGAAGUCAUCAGAUUAUGAGAUAUUUUAAACUGAGAUAAGAUAUACCUUUAUUAGUGCCACAGGGGGAACUCAAAAAUUAUAGCAGCAUAGAUACAAAUACAAAAGAGAAAUUAAAGGAUAAAGAAACUUAUAUACAUGUCUACAGAAUAUACAUAUAAAUAUGGUUUAUUGCACACUGAGGUUUCUGUUGUGGGGUCUGACAGCUGCAGGACGUCAUGACCUGCGAUACCUCUGCAUCACACACGUCAGGUUGAGCAUCCUAUCCCAAGUUACACCAGAUUAAUAGAAUUUAGUUUGCUUUGAAUACAUUCUUGAUGGUCCUCUGGUUUUACCUGCUGCUGAAGUACCAGCCAAUGAAGGUCACAAAUCUAAAGUUUGUCCAAGCACUUAAGACUAUUUCAAAGAGGAUUCUUACAGAUGAUUAUGUUAUUGGAAGACUUCUUUCUCUUGUCUAAAGAUUUCUAAGCUUUUUUCUUGUCAGAUACUAGUUUGUAAAGUCAGUACAAAAUCUGAGUGCAACAGCCUGUAAGGCUGAAACUGUCUAUGAACCAAACUUCAAUAGCUUAUUUGACAAAACCAGUAAAGUUUAAGCUUCAUGAAUUGAUUAUUUUCUGCUUUUAUAAUGUUAAAAAUGGUUAAUAAAUUUCACCCUCUUUGAGAUCAAGCAGACUGUUUAAAAAAGAGAAAGCGUAAAAAGAUGGGUUGCUUUGAGGUGUAGUAGGAUUUUUAGUUUAUUAGAGAAAUAUGUGAGCAAAUUGAUUCACGUAGAUCUUCAAUAUUGAAUAUGAGCUUUUAUUUAUGUGAUUUGCAUAAAACUUGUAAAAAAUACAAAGAUUUUUAUUUAAAAUUGUCCUUUAAUGUAGAAAUAAAGCUUUUAAUUGAAUACUCUGGUAGGAUCAAGAGAGCCUGACGUCAUUCAUUCAUCCUUUAAUUUUCCAAUUUAAACAUGUUACUCCUGUUUUAUUUUUGAAAGUCUUAAAUUAGCUUGUGCGGGUAGAGGUCAGCACAUUAGCGGCCAUUAUACGGGACAUAAUGGUGCAUGGUGGUAAAUAAAUCUGUUAUUUUGACCGUUGUUUUAAAGCCUCCUGUACACCCGGGUGUUGGUGUGCUGGAGGGCAGGAGUGAUCAGAGACUCUUCACAGUAAUGAGCCGUUUGACCUCUGCUGGAACAGAUCUGUUUGUGUCAUUAUCCUCCUGUGUGAUGCCUAUUCAUACACCUGAUUACUCUGAUUGCAGAGAUGGAGUGCUUUGUUUGUAUUUCUGACCCAGACUAAGAGGUAAAGACAUUUUUAUUGCAUGAGUGUGUUUUUUUUUUUUGUCGUCUAAAUACAGUGGAUAGUACAGAAAUAUAGGAAAAUGGAUGACUUCUCUAACGCGGGUUCGAGUAUAAAUAUACUCUUCAGCCUUAUUGCAACACUGACUGUUGCCUGUAUAUUUAUUACGCACUUAAUGGAGAAUGAAAAGUGAUUUGCCGCUGUUGUCAUUUGUCAAACUGGGAGAAUAUGAACAGACAAGUGAACGAGGGAGAGUACAAUACUGAGAAUAAAUUUCUUUUUUUAACGAUGUUGUUUAAGUCAGCACUGCAAUUACUAAUCCACGCAGUAAGAUCUACCUAAUCCAUUAUACAAAUACACCUUUAAAGGUAUUUGCCAUUUUGAGGACAAAUUGUUUUGUAUCGUUCAGCAAAAUGUUGCAUUAAAAAUAAAUCCUUCUUUAAAGGCCUUUUUAAGAGCAUGCGGAAAAUCAUAAAGUGUCCAUUUUAAAAAAAAAUAAGGCAGAACAUAAUUAUCCUUUUGUCACAAAGUCUAAGUGCAUACAAAGCAAUUUUAGUCAUCAUUAAGAGAGCUUGAAAAACAAAGUAAUAUCCUCUCUUAUCACAAAUCAGCAAACCCCUCUCUCUCUCUCUCUCUCGCUCUCUCUCCCUCUCUGUCUCACAUCCUUUUCUUCUCUGCUGUAGCUCAUUCUCUACAGUUUUUUGCAGAAAACAUACCCUGCACUCUAAUUAGGAACGAUUGAGGUUUCUCAGGGGUCCCUGAAACUCCUGUCACACGCGCUUAGGGUACAAUGAGUGUGUCUGCGGGGAACACGAGUGCUUUUUAAAGAUAUAAAAAAUUAUCACUGCGCUCAUGGAGAGAGGAAAUCGACACAUCCUCCACAUUCUGAAGCCAAACCUGAAAAGUAGGACUGAGGGGGUAAAUAUUCUUGCUGUUAUGAAGCCGAUUUCUCCUGUUUAGUGGUGAUUUGGCAAUAAGUGUUUUAUACCUUUAUGUCAUCUGGUGAAGUAGUGAAACAAAUAAUUACACAGAACAUGUAGACAGGAUGCUUUCGAGUACUUCCUGACAUUUGUCUUCUAUUGAUUUACCUUUGACCACUGUGAAUCUGUUAAGACAGUGUCUCAGGCUUUCUAGGAACAGCAGACGAACGCUCAUACUCUGUUAAUUCAGCUGCAGUCAGUUUUGUUGAUAAGCGUUGAAAUCAUUGAUGUGCCUCAGAGGGCUUUACAAUCAUGAGGCUGUCUCUGCCAGCCUUCUGCUUGACGCCAUCGUCCAUAUGUUCAUCAAUACACUUUCUGGAGUUUAACUCAAAGUAAACUGAUCACAGAGUGGUUUACUGCAGAACAACCAUGUUGGCUUAGUUUAUGAAGCGUUUCACUUUGAGAGCUCCCUGUCAGUUUUCUGUAAUAUCUCUACACUUAUUCUUCCACAGAAAUCUGAAAUUAAAUUGAAAAUGACGACGAUACAGAUAAAUAACAUAGGACAGAGUAUUAGGGACACAUUAAGGAAAAAAUAUUAAGACUUUGAGAUUUUGAGAUACAGAUAAAUAACAUAGGACAGAGUAUUAGGGACACAUUAAGGAAAAAAUAUUAAGACUUUGAGAUUUUGAGAUACAGAUAAAUAACAUAGGACAGAGUAUUAGGGACACAUUAAGGAAAAAAUAUUAAGACUUUGAGAUUGAAGUUGUUAAUUUACAUAAAUAAAGUCAUUACGAACGAAAAUUAAGUUGUAAUAAAGUCAUUUCUAAUGAAAAUAAAGUUGUAAUAAAGCAAUUACUUACCAGAAUCAAGUCGUAAUAAAAUCAUUAUGAUACUUAUGAUAAUGUAGUGCUGAUGUGCCAAAAGAUUAAGUACCUCCUUGCUUGAGAAACCUAUUUAAUAGUACGUUUUCAUGGCUCCCAUUUCAAUAACUGUCAUUUUAAACAACAGGUUAGAAUAUAAGGACUUUAUUCUGACUUCAAUCUCAUAAGUAAUGAUUUUAUUACAACUUCAUUCUCGUAAGUAAUUACUCUAUUACGACUUUAUAUUCGUAAGCAAUUACUUCAUUACAACUUUAUUCUUAUUUAUUACUUUGUUACGACUUCACUUAUGUUAGUAAUGACUUUAUUAAGACUGUAUUCUUGUAAGUCAUUACUUCAUUAAGACUUUAUUCCCAUUAGUCAUUACUUUAUUGCAACUUUAUUCCCAUUAGUAAUGACCUAUUCUCGUUAGUAAUUACUUUAUUGUCGUAAAUUAAUGACCUUAAUCUUGAAAUCUCAAUUUUUUUUUUCUUGAUGUGGCCCUAAUAUUCCAUCAUGAUAACAUGCUGUUUGGGUUAUGGUUUGUCCAAAACUUUCAGUCUUUUGUUUAAUUUAGCACCUCUUGUUUGCUGUACACCAGUGUUUAAAACAGAGAAACAUAUCACACACUCAAAAACUUGCGAAAUUUAAGUUUUAAAAAAGCCGUUUUGUAACCGUCUUCACAACUCCUACACCAGCCAUUUUAGGCAUGAUUAAUAACAGAAAUAACUUAUCCUUCGCUAAUGAUUUUGCCUGUUAGAAAUGGUUAAAACAAGCCGUCAGUAUUGAAUUCAAUUUGUUACCUAACCAAUUAAAAAACAAAGAAACCCUCAGAGGAGCAUUGAGGGAUAAUUUCAAGUAUUAGAUAUAAAUUAAAUUGUGGUAAGAAAGCUUAGAGCUCGGUCCUUUGGCAGGUCACAAUUCAUUAUAUAGACAUAAAUCAAAGAAAAUAGGAUAUGUUGAAGUCAGAAAGAAGGAUAUGAAAGAGCAAGGACAAAAUGAGGAGGUCACAGAGUUGUGUAACUUUCAGCAGAUAUUUAGUCUACCAUCAACGUUAUUUGAACAACACGAAUCAACAAAUAUAUCAACGUGUAGGUCAUUCAGUGACUCAUUCUCCCACAGAAUAUGACUGAAUUCAGAUAAAUCUCUAAAAGAAGAUAUUUCUAAAGAUCAAGAAAGAGUGUUUCAAACUAAAGGAAUAUUUGAGAAUGUUGUGUUGAAUUGAUAAGGAAAUAAAUUACGACCAUCCUUAAAAACAAAGGCUGGGUCUUCAUGAACAAUAGUGUUUCCAUCAACAAAUCAAAAGUAGAGUUCAGUGCUGAACAUGUCUGUUAAUUCAGUGAGACAAAGACUAUUGUUCUGUCCCUCUUCUUCACUAAUGACCCGGGGAAACUUCAGAACUCAUUUUCUCCCCUCAAUACUGUGAUAACUCCAGCACAAUCAUGUUCAAGUAAUGCCUCUGAUUAUGUCCCUGUUUUACUCACUUGGAAAAGCUAAUGGCAGCUCUGUAAGAGCCACCUGGCUCUUAUUAUUGAAGAGGUUUUUUUAUGGACUAUAGCUCCCACCAGAGAUUAGGUUUCAAUACAGCUAAUUUGAAAAAGCAAUUUUGGGGCCAAUGUAGUGCCUACUCAGAUCGGUAAUUUGGUUUUUGUGCUUUGUGACAUAUGAAUAAAACUUAACAGAAAAUCAUGAAACCCUUUUCUAAUAUCAUAUUUGAUUUGUUUGCCUUCAAAAUGAGCAACUUUAAAUGCCACUAUCACAUUUCCCAGCCUGGUACAGGAUUUGUUAAAUGUCCAAAGUGAUGGCUGUUAAUUGAGACAGGAGACAUAACAUCUGAACACCUGAACCACAGUGCCACAGCUGCCUUAACCUGAUCACAGACUGCAGUGAGGGAAUGAUCCCUGAACGUUACAUGCUUAUAAUUUCCUCACCACCUCCUGAUGACUCUGUUGCAGUCUGUGAUUGUAGUGUUUUGUUCACUUAUGCGUGAACGUUCGCCUGGCAGUGGUUUCGUUGUUACCCCGUAAUUAUAAAAGCAGUUUGGUAAUAUUAAAAAGUCACUUUGAGGAGAUAGGGUCGCUGUUAUAGUGAACAUGUUCUAAUUAAACUGAAGUGGAGCUGUUUGAUGAACCCUUCAGAAGAUAUAUACACAUUUAACCGAGCUGUUAGGAUGCUGUUCACUCAGAAGCCCAUUUAACACCAAUUCUGCAAUUGUCCAGAGUGUUUUUGUUUUUGUAUUCAGACAAUUUAAACAAUUAUGCUUAAAAUGAAGCCAAAUGAUACAAGUGGUCGUGUCAUUAUUUUAAUAAUCUCUCCCCUGUUUUUGCUCUUGUCUUUGCAGCACUUUAGACGAUGAAGGCACCAACCUGCGACAGCAGAAGCUGGACAGACAGGUACGUCUUUGCACUUCUGUCUGCAGGUCUGAUGAAAGAGUUAAUGCUUAGGAAACAAAGGGAUGUUAUAUGGCCGCACAGAUAUCUGCUUCUCCUUCUCAGGAUCACAUGGGGUCAGCUGGGGGUUGUGAUCUGUCUGUGCUCUAAUGAGCGAGUGUUUAUGAGGCGCCGAAAGAUAAAGACAGAGUCGUGUAAAGCAGCAAGGUGGAAUAAAUGUUGAAGAAAGUGUGAACCUCAUGAUCGCUUUAACAAGAUAACAGGCAUUAUAACACAAAUUAUAAAGGGUACUCCUGUAGAUUCUGUGGAAAGUUAUCACCUUCUGAACAAGACAUUAUGUUAAGUGGGAAUAUAAAAUUAUCAUGUGAAUAAAUAUGACAGAAUUGAAUUGUUGUAUCUUGGUUGCCUCAGACUAUUAGAUAUGGGGAUGGUCUAAUUGCAAUACUAAGACUAUCCUGCCUGGGAUCAAACCUGUCUCUUGUUGACUGAUAUUAAUUUCGUGCUAUGUUUUCGUUUGUUAAAGAAGUAAUACCGUCAUGUUUCUUGAGUUAAAGGUGGUGUUAGUUGCAGGUUGAUCAGAGGUCAUGGAGGAUCCUAACACAGUGACGUUUAGAGUGAUUGUCUGACUUAUCAGGCUGCAUAGUGUUUUGUUGAGACCUCAGCAUCAUAAAAAUAACAUGAGCAGCUUUUAUUGUUCUGCUCAAAUUAACAGCAUCAGAUUUAUCCUCUGUUUACAUCUCACUGCUCAUGUUCUGAACAAAUGUUAAGCUUGUCUUCACUUUACAGAGUGCACUCGUGAAUGCUAAAAAUUUCCAUCAAUGUCAGAAAACACUUUUGCGAAACAAUGAUUUUGACAGUAUUUCUCAGCCAGAUUGCAGGAUCCAUCAGUCCAGCGGAAGUUGGCAGCUUUGAGCGCUGAUAACUGAUACUCGUGCUGUUGCUAUCGUUGUUAUUUGCUGUCAGCAACACUGUAGCCAGGCCAAACAAACAAGACUGAGCUGUAAUUCAAGAGUUUGCCUUUCGUCUUUGCUCUGUAAACCUCAUUAUUUCAAUUCCUUGAAAUAAUGUAUAUCUGAGCAAAGUGGCAUUGUGUUAAAUUAGGUCAAUGCUAUUGGAUAAGACAUAAUAUUAUUGUGUUUACAAUAUCAGCUCUAAAAAUACAAUCUAUAAUAAUAUCUACUUGCUUCCAGGAGAUAAACGGCAGUUGUAAAGAUUUUUCUGUACCAGAAAGACAAUCUACGUAUUUCAGAGACUUUCCAGAUCUAGUCUUUUAAAAAAGAAGGAAAUCUGACAAUUUAUAUAUAAAUUUAAAUUAGAAAAUAACAUGUCUAUUGUUAACUGGCUGGGCUAGGUGGAAGCUGGCAUUUUGUUUUGGUCUGUUGGCCAAUCAGAUGCUGUAUCUGCAGUCAGGUGACGUGUAAAGGUCCAUAAAGAAAUCAGAUGUCACAGAAAGUUUACAGCUAUAGACUGUAUAUAGAAUGGACAACGUCUGACUCCUCGUUGGGUGAAGCCACCACGAGAACAGCACCCUCUGGUGACGGGCUGCAGUAUCGGUCAUAAAUCCCACCUCCUCCAGUAAUCUCUAUAGAGCUGUGGACAAACUUUAGAAAUUUAUCACACAGAAUAUAAAUUUUUCUCCCCUCUGGUUUUGAUGUUGACAUUUAGUUACUGUCAGACUGGUUUGUGCUCAAGUCGUUUUUUUUUUCUGUGAAGCUCCGUUUUUAAAAGUUAUUAGGGGUUUCAUGUUUUCUUUGAUUGACACUUGAUAUAGCCUAUGGGCGUACGAAGAUUGCGUAGCUCACCUGAGGGAUACACUGUUUGAGUCGAAAGGGUCCAAUGCUACCGAUCAAGUGGUGGUUUCAGGAAGUGGGGAAAACCCCAGAAAUACCGGCUUCAAAUUCUUAUAAUGACAGAAGGUAGAGCCAUGUUGUCCAUAGUAUAUACAGUCUAUACUCACAGCACAGGAAUACAAAAGAUAGAGCUCUUUAAAUGGAGUAUCAGUUUAUCUGUGCUGUCUCUGUAGAGCUAUACUUUCGCGUUUCAUUAACACACUCGAUCAUUUUAUAGUAGAUAUUGACAAUUUUACUUUGAUUUAAACAUGUUGCAACAUCAACAUAUUGUUUUAUUCAACAUGUUCAAUUUAGUCGUUAUUUUUCCAUUAGACUUGAUUUUAGUAUAAAAAAAACAAGAUUUGCUCUUCAGAAAGCCUUUACUUCAAAACACUUGGGUAAAAGGAUACGACUCUGUAAACAUCAGGCUUUGACUACAGAGAUGCCUCCGAGACUUUUUUAGUUCCUCCUGAUCAAUCAUGGAGAAAACCUAGCAGGUGGUCUAUGAGUCAACUCUUUUUCAUCAGGCUUGAGCGAUUGAAAAAUAUCAUUAAAGCAGCGUCAAGGGUGUAAACGUCCAAAGUGGUUAAUAUUGAUUGAUAGCUUUUUCAGUAACCAAAGCUUGAUUAAUGUUGUGAUUGAUGGUUUAUUUAGGCAUUAAAACGAAUUUCUUUUAAAUUGUAUUAUUUAUCUUACCACCCAGCUGCCUUGGGAAAUUUUAAAAGCUCAGAAGGUUUUUAACGUCCCUCCGUCACAGUUUAAGGAGCUUUUUUUGAAGCCGUGCGUUUCAGACUUAAAACAUCAAAGUUCGUGUAAAGUGCAUCCUGUAACCUGUAAACCAAUGCCCCACAUUAAUGCGCCAACUGGUGUUACCAUCACUCUCCUGACAGGGAUUUGAACUUAAUAAGUGAAACUGUGGAGCUGCGAUUCUCUGCAGCAGCCUGAAUCCUCCACUAAUAGAAACCUUCAAUAUUUGAUGAGCUCUGGUUUGAAGACUUGCAUAUAGCUGACAGCUGGUCCAGAUGAAUAGCUAUAUCCAGCCAUGGGGCCAAAGUGGUUUGAGCAGCUCUUUCAUACGCAUCUUCAGGUUUCUCUCCUGGCUUAGCAUUUGCACCUGAGGAUUUGUCAUUGCCUCUAGGUUUUACAAUCUAAAUCUGUCCAUGCACUCAGAAUAUACAGCUUGUUCAGAAAUCUGUGAUACCUCAAAGGAGAACAGUUUUGUAUUUUCUUUUAUAUCUGAAAGUUGUGUUUUCUACAUCGAGAGGAGAAUGAAAGCUUUGCCAUUUUAAUAUGUUUGUUGAAGUGAUCAUUAACAACUAAAUUAUCAUACAACCACUAAGUGAGAUGAUCUGAAUUAUAAUAUAUUCUUAAACGAAGUUACACAAAAGUUCUUUGAAUUUGUAACCAGUGCAUUCUUCACUUACCCGAGUGUCACUUUUUGUGUUUUAUUCCAAAUAAUGAUGUAUCGUAGGUAGGGCUGGGCGAUAUGGGAAAAAGUCUAUAAUGAUAUUUUUUUCAUAUUAGUAGAUAUCGAUAUAUAUCACGAUAUAAAAAAUUUAAUUUAGCAGUGCUUAUUGGUCGCAUGUCUUUUGCAAUACAAUAAGCUACUGCCUCUGUGAGGUCUUUGUGUCUCUUUGACGUUUAGUCGUAAGGCGUUGCGCUAGAGAAAGAGGACUGAAUGGUCGGCUGUUUUGGCUGCACAGGCGCCAUGGGCUUCUUGCUCCGCUCAGGGUUUGUAAACUUUUGCAUUGCGCGUGCUCUGCUGCUUCAGGUGGUGAAAAAGAUUUGAGGUAUUCCCCGACUUUGCGGGAACAUGUACUCAACAUAAUUUGCAGUGCACAUUACUCUGCUUCAUGUCCGACCUCAAAAAAACAAAAUACCUCCCCAGUAUAUAUAUGUAUUUCUGUCGGGGGUAGCACUCAUUUUCUUUUUUCUCACCAACAGUUCUGUCAGCUUCACGUGUUAAAGUGCUAUGGUUGCGUGUAGCUGCAGUCUGCUAAUAUGCAGUUGUUUGCUACUUCGUUCUAAUUCAGCACAUGAUUGGUUUAGCGAGAAACGGACCCGGAGCAACUCCCCUAUUCAUUGGCUGUUCGUAUAGUGUACCUAAACAUGGCAGAAUACCGACUAUCAAAAAGGAUAUUGACCAUGUUUUAUAUCGAUAAUGAGGGAAAUUAAUUUUCAAUAUAUAUCGCUAUUGUUUUAUCGCCCAGCCCUAAUCAUAGGUGUUUCCAGACUGUGCCACUGAGCAUGUUUUGAUUUGUGUGUGUGUGCAAACAUUAAACCUCCACAACAGCGAGCGCUCCUGGAACAGAAGCAGAAGAAGAAGAGGCAGGAGCCUCUGAUGGUGCAGUCCAACGUGGACGGGAGAUCUCGCACUCGCCGUACCAAGCAGAGCGAGGAGCAGGCGCCACUGGUGGAGUCCUACCUCAGCAGUAACAGCAGCACCAUCUACCACGGUGAGUCUGAGUGACACUCCCCUGAUGCAAAAUCUCAAAUAAAGUUAGCUUGCUAAUGAAACUAUCUGUCUUGUAUAAAAGAACUUUUUAUUCCAAGGCCAAAUGGGAUACUCUUCUGAUUACUUUUUUCUUUCUUUUCCUAAUGAACUGUACACUCCAAUUAGCAAAGCUUUAAAUCAUGUAACUUAACUACAGAGCUGUUUCUCACAUUUCUCUUUUAUCCAAGCGCCUAUGUAGUAGCAGUACAGCGUAGGAUCCAUAGCAGGAGCUUACACCGCGCUGUAAAUCUGUACACUUGAGAGCUGGAUUGGUGUCGGGAUUGAUAGAGUCUCUUUAUCUACACAGAGACCAGACCAGCCAUCUAAUCCCCAGUUCUGAUGGCCAGUUUCUGGGCUCAGAGCCAUGAACUGUCGCCAUUUCCUGCAGAGAGAGGAGAAAACAGAUUGACAAACUGUUUUCUCUGCACCAGUCUCACAUUCUGAUGGGUAGAAAUAGACUCACAACCUUUUUCUGUCCUUGUCAUUUCAUCUACCUCCCUAACCCUUCCUCUCUGUUUUUUCGUGCAGUGCAAGAGGCUGAACAGGAGGAGGUGAAGGUUGUAGCAGACACGCAGCCGCCUCGCUCAGCCAAGAAGGGCAAAGCAUCAGCUAGCUCCACUCCGCAGACGGGCAGCGACAAAAAGGAAAGGAGGGGGAAGCACAAAGGUCAGCCCUUCUGUAUUGGGUAGACAAAAUAAGGCUGUUGUUAUUAAUUGCAUCAUCCUUAUUCAUGUCCUGUUCCUGUUGAAACACUAAAAAUACAGUUUUUACAGUCAGCAGUGCAGAGUAUGAAAGAGAAGGCAGGAUCCGGCAGCCCUCUCUGCAACCCUCAGAUAAUGGUUUCCCCUGCUGAUUUUUCAAGCCACAUCUGGCAACAAACGCUGCCCUCUUAGCCGCGUCUGUGGUGCCGCACUUGUCAGAGCCUGGCUGUCUGUAAUGAUGUACGACAGCCUGAGUGCUGUCGGGCUGCAGAUAUACACACACCACAAGCAGAGACGUAAAUUCCUCAUUAGCUGAAGGAAGAAAACUGACUGUUGAAGUGGUGUUUUCCAUCCUCGGCGCUUUGAUCCUUCUCCUUUGCUUUUUCUCUCAAAAUAAUCCACAGCAUGUUGUCACAGUCUAAUGUUUGUGCAGUUAUACAGUCAAAUUUGUGCAGAAAUAUUAAUCUAUACAGAACAGUUAAUACAGAAAUAGAAACCUAUCCUUUAUGAUGGAUAAUUUUCUCAGCACACACCGCAGCCGUUUGUCCUCAGAAAGUGCACGGUGCAAAAGAAGCUUAUCCAUGUCCUUAAAUAAAGCACAAAAACAAACAAAAGGUAUUCCACUGGGUCAAAAGAAAUCAGGUCAGUAGCACGAAGCUCUCCUCUGAUGGACUUGUCUCACUUCCUCUUUGUCUCUCUGAAGUAUUAACACACAUUUCAGAUGAGCUGUUUUCAAAUACAACAGUACAUUCGCUAAAACAAUAAAAAAUAAGUAAUGUUGGUUAAUUCCAACUGCUCAUACGAUCUGGUAUUUGUGUUGACUGGCUUUUACAUGAUGCCUUAUUUAUUUAUUUAUUUUUUUAUUUGCAACAUACCUCUUGUUAAACCUUGUUGGUCAUUUCUAUUAAUCUAUAUUAUCUGCAUUUAUAUAACAUACAUUUACUUUUAAACUACUUUUUAUUCUUUGUAUCUGUCUGCCUUCUUCUUUUCCAUCACCUGAUGUGAUGCUGCCAAUCGUCAAUUUUAAAUAUCGGUUUUCCUUCGUUUGUUUCUGCCUUUGUUUCUUUCAUCUGUGAAAGCACUUUGUAAACAGCUGUUUUUAAAUGUGCUAUAUAGAUAAAGUUAUUAUUAUUCUUGUUAAAUACAGUUAAUUAUGAGGAACAGGGUUGCAGCUUGAUGAACAUCCCCUCCUAUAAUUGUUUUCCAAACUGAUUAAAAUUAACAAAUCAUGGGUGUUAACUGUAAAUGUUUCAAAAAAGGUUUUUUUUUUUCUUCAUAUAUCCUCGGGCAGAUGUAAUUUCUCCUUGAUAUUAUCAUGAAUUUGACAUGAAAGCAAAGCCAAGGGAAUCACAGGUGAUGUUUGUCCAGUCACUUUCUGCUUGCACUGAUUUGGGGAAAACAAAACACUUUUAGCUACACAAUGAAAAAGAAAAGAUUAGACCUUCAUUACAUUUUUCAUGUUCCUGUGAGAAACCUUUAGUUCAUGUCAGUUUUUGUGCCCCCACUGGACAAAGUGAUAUUUCUUUUUUCUUCACAGUGAUUCCCAAAGAAAGCUCCUCCUCCUUUCUUCUUUUAGUCAGAUGUAUCUCUCAUGCCUUUAAAGAUGUUUGAAAAAAGUUUGGUUGUCAGGGCACAGCGCUGUCACCUGCUUCACCUGGGGAGGCAGUUUUGAGCAUAGACCUUAUUUUUCCCUGUCAGAAAGAUUUUUGAACUCAUACAGCCAGCCUGAAAUGGAAACCAACAGUUUUUUUGUGAUGUAGAAGGCAAAUGGAAAUGAAUGCUUCUGCCACAUUGACAAAUCUGUUUAAAGUCCCACUCUGAUCGCUUUAUUUUUACUACUGAAAGUGUUCUCAGUGGUCUUUAAAAUGUGAUUAUGAAGUUUUUACCAAAAUCGCAUUACCUGUGUCAGCUCUCGUACACUCGGACACUAAUGUCUUCAGGGACACGAUAAAAGUUCAUAUCAUUAUUAGGUUUCUUCUGAGCAUUACAAUCCGCCAACGCACGCGCUUGUUCUGCAAUCCUCCUCUGUAUUUCUCCUCUAUAUGUAGAGUCUGAUCUGCAUAGUGGGGCUCUGGGGGCGGAGCUUGGAUUGGUUACAUAAGAAAUCUCACUGUGUCUGAACCUGCCGUUUGGGUCUGUCAGAGAUUCUCAGUGAUUUGUAUGAAGAAAUAUCCAGAAAAGCAAUUUCGCAUUUAGUUUUCUCAUGAUAUGUCCUGUAUCAUCAGAAAAAUACCAUAUGAACAUAUAAAAAAACAAGAAAAAUGUGAUUUUCAUCAGAGUGGAUCCUUGAAGGAUCUGAAGACAGCUGGGGGUCAUAAUACAGACAGGAUUACAAAUACAGACUGAAUUACAAUAAAUUUAGUUCAUAAUCAGCAACUGUAUACUUUAAUAUAUACUUUAUGUUCUCACAAGUUGAGAUCCAGUCUACAUCUAAUACAUCAACAAUCAUAUACAUCGUGUUCUUUGACUUUUUCAAACAUCACUGUUGAGUUUGAUGCAUCUUCACUGAAUAAGUAGAGGAAAAGGUCAAGCUUGAGUAAAGCUUGUCUGCUGCUCUGAAACGGCGUCAAAUUGUGCUUGAAUGUGUCGAGCAGUAUGGACAUUAUGUUCCUCCUUUUAUAGAAGCAAUUUAGUCAUACAUAUACAAUUACUUCAACAUGAGACACAAGACAGUACACCCACACAUGCAUCAAGGAGAUGUGGAAAUAGUGUUGCAUCUUCUCAGACAAACACUGACUGUAUACCUCAACUAAUGGUCACUUACUGCUCAUCAUUGUGACUGUUAGACAGAGGUUGAGCUGAUUUCUAACGGAGUUUGUUCUUAUGGGAUUGUGGCUCUGCAGCAAUCGAUGGCCUGGCUUCCCUGCAAGAUGACGGUCAGAUCCAGAUCCUGACAGUGGGUCACAGCACCUCAGAGGAAGGCGAGGCAGAGCCUGUCAUGAGCUGCACUCAGUCACAGAGCAAACAGGAUCUGCGCGUCACCAUGCUCAAGAAAGGUACUGUCAGUAUUCGGGAAAGAGUCGUCUUUCAGCGAAUUCGCAAGAGUACAACAACCACCGGUCCAGUUCUACACCCACGGCAUUUCGGUCCAGUGCUGUGGUGUGUUGGCAGAGCGCUGAAACAUACUGAGUCAUGUUAGAACUGCAAAUAGAAGCUCCAUUUUAAGACCCGGUGUGUACAUGGUGUAAUUAAACCACUAAUGAGUUAAGCCGACAUAUUCUUCUGGCUUGAAAAUCUGUUUCUUUAAGUUACUGUGAACAUUCGGCGCACUUAUGUAUCGUUCCUCACAAAAUAAAAACACAACAGUCAACAACUGAGUGAGCUUUUGGGGACAUUUUGCAUAAAUCUGACAAAAACUCACCAAAACCCUGCAGACACUGUCCUUUUGGUGCAUCAUCCAGUGCAAAUUAUAUAAAUUCACAUGAAUUUUGGAUGCUCACACAAUGGCAGUGGGUAAAUAUAGUACACUAUUGUGGGUAGAGCUAUUUCAAACACAGUUUUGUUUUUUUCCUUUUAGCUUGAAUUUGCGAAUCUAAAAAAAAUGACAUAACAGUUCAAGGCUUUUCUUCUUUUCUGUUCUUUAUUAUAUCAAACUUUAAGAACAACAAAAACAACGACAAAAAAACAACUAAAAACAAAAACUUAGAGCAAAAUAAUACAUAUGUUGAUGAAUCCUGAUAAUUCAUCUAACAAUGAGCGUGGUCUAGACCUGCUCUUUUUAUUUGGAAAGCGUCUUGGGACGAUGACGACUGAUUGAUUGAUAUGUACACCAAACAUCUGUACAUGUCAAACAUAAAUUUACACUUAUGUAUGUUAAAAACAAACAGUUUGGGAAGGAACAGAAUGAGGCAAACAGCUUAUCUAGUCCUGCCCCUUCCUUGCAAAUCAGGGCCAAUAAUGAAUGAAAAAAAAAUCCAAUUGUAUAAAUUACAAAGAUCUCUGUAGAUAUCUACAUAUAUUACACAAAGAUAUCUAAUAAUAAAUAAUAAUCAGUGUUAUAAUAGAAUUAAUAUUACUUCUAUCCAAUCAAGUAAAUUUAGUGUCAAACCAUAUUUUUGUUAGUUUGCGUAUAUGAAUCUUUUAAUACUUCUCUAUAGUGUGAUUUAAAUAUUCAUUUUCAAAGUGACAUCCAGGCUGUUCCAAAGUUAACACCCCUUAGAUUAUAGCCCCCCAAUCUUGAACCGUUACUUUCUUUUGGUGACUCAAUAUCUCAGUGUAAUAAAUUUAGAUAAAUAUAGUUUUACCCUUUCUUAAAAAAAACCACAUUGGCUCAUGCAGACCAGCUUGAAAAUCAGCGCUCGCUCUCAAAUUGUUGUUAAGCCUAAAAUAACAGUAAUUGUGCCUCCUUCAGAUGGAUGGCUGGAAAACCCGCUCAUAUUACCACAAGAACAUAUUUUUUAAAGCGCUGUAUUAAGCAUUCAAACUGCAAGCAUGGGGCAGCGAGAGACCUAAAAUAAUGAGACGUCGCUUUCACACGCUACAAAGACACGGAUAACAAUCAGCUGAAAGCCUAUUAAAACCCCUCGUGGGUCUCCAUUGACACCUGGUUUUAUCUAUCACUUAAAGGAAAUGUGACCUUGUAUUCAGGCUCGGUCUGCGAUGAUUGCUUUUACAGAAAUCUAAAGCAACUUCUCAUAUCAAUUAUAUGACACUGAAGAUGUGGUGGGCAUGAAGGUUAUUCAAACUGUAACAGCGGGGGGAAAAGAUGAGCAACGCUUUUAUUCCUUUCCUUCUUUCUCCCUCUCAAUGCAGGCAUAUCCAGCAGUAUGAACUUCGAUGAAGAGGAGGACGACGACGAUGAAAUCAGCUCCAGCUCCUCGCAGCUCAACAGCAACACAAGACCAGGCUCUGCCACAAGCAAGAAGUCAUGCAAGGUGAAAAUGAAGUCAGAGCUCACAUUUAUAUCCCCUGCAGAAUGUUGCUUUAAACUGCCGAGCAUUGUGUGCUUUUUAACCGACCAAUCACAUGCAGAAAAGAUGGAGACUCACUUUUGUCGCUCAGAUGAACUUCUAUAUAAAACUCUAUUUAUCCCCUUUGGCCAAGUUCAGUAAAAUAGACCAUAAUGGCUUAAUGUGAUAAAAAGAAGUCAUGUUGUCCUUUGUCCUGAACUGUUUUUCUACCAGUGGCGGCUGCUGGUCUUUCAAGGAAGGGAAGCUCAUUUUUCUGGCCUACAUCAUAAUUGUGUUUGUUUAUUUGUAUGUAACAGAACAGAGUCGCCAAACACAACGGCAGUCGUUUUUAACAAAGACAAAAGUCGCUGAGGAUCGGUUAAGUUUCCGGAGCAGUUAAGAACAACGGAAUGAAUAACUUGGAAAAUGCUCUGGUAGAUGUUUUAUUCUUCAAGAUCGCUGAUUCGCUUGUUUAGCUGUCAAUCAAAAAAGGACUUUGCCUCAGACAGCUCAUCCAAUCAUGGAGGCAGAAGCUCAGCGUCGGCGAGAAAGUUGGGACCGCCCUCUCGUCAUAGAACUCCAGAGAAGCUCAGCGUCCGAUGGGCGGGACAAAGCCCAGCAUUUAUCCAAUGAGCGUCUAGUUUCGCUGCUGGAACAACCCACUUUGAGCUUCCACAUUGAAGUCAGCAGACGCUGAGCGUCCGGCUGUGUGAAGCGCUGAGGCGCUGCGAGGAUGAAUGAGAACGAAGUUGUGCUGGUUACCUGUGAUUAUCAGCUUCUUAUCACAGUGUGAUUCUGAACAAAAGAUGAAGGCUUUCUAGCGCGUAUUUAGUUAAUGAAAUGUACACACAGCAGUACGUAUUUCACCACUCUUUCUGUUUUUUGGGGGGGGUGAAAUUUUUCCGGUGCAGUCUUAGAGCAAUCGCCACUGUUUUCUACAAACAUUUGAGAGCUAUUCCUGGAUACACCGAUUUCAUCUCAAGUAAACUGUGUUCUGUGUGUUACUAUGCAAACGUUCCUAUAUACAGGUAGUCUGGUAAUAAUCAUGUAGAUACCCACUGUGACCUUCGGGUGUUUGAAAGACCAAAAAAUGUUUUUUAGUUGGAAAUACACUAGAGGCAAAGAACGUUGUAUAAAGGGAAAGUUAUUUUAAGCUUUUGUGUUUAAUUCAUACGGGCAACAUGCCUUUGUGCAUUUCAGAUGUCUGUGUUAUUUUCAAGCACAAAGGUUUGAAUGUGGUCCAAACUGGGCUGCAGAGCUUUAGACUGUCUCGGUGCUGUUUGCGAAUGUUCACACGAUCCAUUAUUCAUUCAUUUGGGCCAAUUCGACUCCUUUCUAUGCAAAUGAGCAUCAUUAAAGAGAGCAAGGCGAAUUCACAAACAUCAGCACUAACAGCCAAGCACAGUUUAAAUGUAAUUAUUGCAGUCUUUGUAGGCUUGGUGGUAACCUCACAGUGGUAUUAAUAAGCAAUGUCCUGCUCCAUUUUUGUAGUCAUGACAACACCUCAUUCGAACCUGUCUAAAAAAUCUCUCAAUAGAGUCAGUCAGAGGCUCAACACUGUCAGAUUGGAUGGGUUGCCCUGACAGCAUAAAGCUGCAUUGUAAGUAGAUGAGCAGCAAAAUUUCAAAGACAUGUUUCUGCUUGAAGUCCCACUCUGAUUAUUUUUUGUUUACCACUAAAAUUAUUAUCAAUGAUCUUUAAGUUGUGAUUAUUAAGUUUUAGCCAAAUUCACGUUACCUGAGUCAUUUUCAAGAGCUUUUCUUCCGCAGAGCUCCAGUAGAUCAUUAGCAGUUCACCUCUGAGUCAUGGGUGGAGACAGCGCUGCUCCGCACACUCCUCGUCACACAAGCUUGUAGCUGAACAUUGCCGUUGUAGUAGAAGUGGCAGGUUAUAUAGGAGCUAUUCAGCCCUCGGACACUAAUGUCUUAAGGGACAUGAUGAAAGUUAGCAUCAUUAUUAGCUUUCCUACGAGCAUUGCAAUCCGCUAACACACACGCUUGUGCCGCGAUCGUCCUCUACUUUUCCGAGUGCGGUCGACAUAAAUAGCGGGGCUCUGAACCUGCCGUUUGCGUCUGUGCAUGAUUCAUAGUGAUUUGAAUGCAUAGGCUGUAUAUAGAAUGGACGCCGUCUGCCUCCUCGCUGGGUGAAGCCACUCCGAGAACAGCGCCCUCUGGUGACGGGCUGCAGUAUAGGUCAUAAAUCCCGCCUCCUCCAUCAAUCCCUAUGGAGCAGUGGACAAACUUUAGAAAUUUAUUACACAGAAUAUAAAUUUUUCUCCCCCCUGUUUGCGAUGUUGACACGUAGUUACUGUCAGACUUGUUUGUGCUCAAGUCCUCUUUUUUCUGUGAAGCUCAAUUUUUUUAAAAGUUAUUAGGGGAUCCUUUUUUUCUAUGAUUGACACUUGCUACAGCCUGUGGACGUACGAAGAUUGCGUAGCUCAACCAGGAGAAUACGCUGUUUGAGCAGAGUGUCAUUAAAGCGACUCUCUGUGACUCUCCCGCCAAAUGCGCACAAUGCUACUGUGCAAUGUUGGUUUCAGAAAAUUGAGAAAAAAUGCGGAAUUACCGAGAACUUUUGGGCUUUAAAUCCAUAUACUGGCGGAAGGUGGAAGCAAGUUGUCCAUAGUAUAUACAGUCUAUGUUUGAAUGCAGAAAUACUCAGAGAUUCAAUUUUGCACUAAUUUUUCUCAUGAGAUGUCCUGUAGCAUCUGAAAAAUGCCGUAUAAACAUGUAGACAACAAGAAAAAUAGGAUUUUUAUCGGAGUGGGUCUUUAAAGAUCUUUACCGUACUCUGCAAGAACUGAUGUUUUGACAGGGUCUAUCAACAGGUGCAACUCAGUCUUUGUGAUAGUACUUCAUAGAUUUAUUUACUUUUUCAAAUCAUUUCAAGUGUGACAAUGCCCCAGGACAGAUAACAAUGUACCCCUUUUAAAGAAAACACCCUCUUUGCAGCUACUCGAAUCCAUACAGAUGGAAAUCCUGUACGCCAUUGUUCAUUUCUCUUAGCUCCUCAUUCCAGCCUCAUCUCUCUCUCGUCAAUACAAUCUUCUGUCUCCAUCCUUAUUUUAGACACCGUGUGCUCAUUCUCUGUCCCAGUGGAACAUUUGAUCUUCAGUCUCAUUAUUCUGCCCUGAUGAAAGUCAACUUGAAUGCAUCGCUCCUCACUCCUCUAUCUCAUUGGAGGUCUCCCUUUUAAUUUUUUCACCUCACAGGAGGUAGCGUCAGCGCCCACUCCACCAGUCAAUGAUCCUUCUAUUGAUGUGGAUGACCUCGAAGAGUUUUCCCUGCGGCCUGCGCCCCAAGAUGUCCGAGUGAAAUGUAGAAUUACCAGAGACAAGAAGGGCAUGGACAGAGGCAUGUACCCUACCUACUACCUUCACCUGGAGAGAGAAGACGGCAAGAAGGUGAUAAACCUAAAAUUACUAUCAAAGUACUAUUAUGAACACAUAUACAAACACAAAUCACUGUAGCUUGUAGCUUUAUCUCCCAAAUUGUAGAUUUUCUUUCAGUGUGCUGGUGAAACGCUCAUAUCGACAAUUGAGUCUCUGGUGUGUCUUGCCACAGGUGUUCCUGUUGGCUGGCAGGAAGAGGAAAAAGAGUAAGACAUCCAAUUACCUCAUCUCCAUCGAUCCAACUGAUUUGUCUCGAGGGGGAGAGAGCUUCAUCGGUAAACUGAGGUGAGUCCUCGGUAGCUUUGCUGCAUGAAACAUUUUUCGCUGCCCACACUAGGAUUCAAAUAGACCGAGAGCUGAUUUAAAAUCUGAGCGUGAUUUCUUAUGCAACUGUUGUGUCUUUACGUGUUAAAUUCUGCUGUAUUCUGAUUAAAAUGUGUGUCCUAAAAAUGUAACAUGGAUAAGAACAUGUUACAGAGUCUACUCUAGCUGUUUUAUUUGGCAAAAAUAAAUGAAUGAAUGAAUGUAAAAUGAUUUAUAGUUAUAAAGGAGAUGCGAUUAAGGUAGUUCAGGUUGGCACUGAUUUCACUCUUUCAUCCACUGGUCCAUUUCAGCUGCGAGUACAAGUGUUCAUAAGAGUGUACAUAAGUGAAUGAACCCCUGUACGCUACAUCAAAAUAUUAUUAAUAAUAUGAGCCGUUUGUUAUUCACCACUCAUUUCAGAACUUCUGAAACCUCCUUCACCAAUGAAUACAAGCUUUGAAAUUCCUACAAGGUUGCAGGAAGAUAGGUAGGAAGUGAGGAGCGACAUAAUCCUCAGAGACAGCUUCAAGGCUGUGUCAGUGGCUCCAUGGAAACUCCUGGGGAGUUUAAUCAAAUAUAGCUCUGUGUAGCCUUUAAUCUUCAAAGCCGGCCCCCGCCAUUGGUCUGUGCCCUGCAAACCUUUGCAAUCACAAUCCCUCCUGAUUGAUGGAGAUCUAAAUUUAAAUGAACACUGACCUUUCAUCUAGUGCUUCUUGAGGGUCCUCGAGGGGUGGCCCUAAGUGAGGUUUGGUCUAAUACAGGUUACCGUCUUUUGUGUGAGGCUGGGACUUCAAAACACCCAGCAGACCAUGGUACUAUACAGAGCAUGCAUAUGUAUGUACACCUUAACCAGUGGGCAGAACUUCUCGCUGACUGAGCGCCUGUGGGAAAUGGAAACGAUCAGUAGACAGUGUUAGAGUUCAUAUCAUAGGGAUAAGUUGUUAUGAAGUGUAGGGGCCACAUUUUACAGUAGUAAUUUUGAUACAGAUAAAAAAAGAGUCUAAUUUUGUGUUUCAGACACUGGAAAUCUAGGGUUUAAUUCACACAAGCAGAACUGCAUGUACGUUUAUACAGUAAACGCUUGUUUAAAAAGUGUUAUAUCAAUGGUUUCAAAUGGUCAGGACAAGCUGUUUCCAUCUUCAUUGAGGGUAAAAGUCAAUUGAAUGCAAAGCACAAGCCCCUGGCAGCUUGCCUCCCUCUGUGGUGACAUGACUCACUGUCAUGAUCUGAAUCUACAAAGCCUCCUACUGAGAAGCCAGGCUAUCGGUCCCUGCUGUGCAACAACAGAACAUAACAACAACAUUUAUCCAUCAGAGUGACCCGAAGAGAGGUUCAAAUGGAGACUGCGCGCUUCAAAUGAUGAUAUACAUGGGCACUAAAUGAAAGGCUCUUACCGCACAAUUUGGCACGCUUCAUAUGCUGACAUCAGUGUGAGGACACGAGGAGGACUGUGGUACAAGAAAACGUCGGAUGUUCAUGAAAUACAGCAGGAUUUGGCAUCUUCUCGCAUUGAAUCAGUGGAUUGGUUAGCUGGCAAGACGGAGGGCUUUUCAAUGAUGGCUGUUGCUAGGUACAUUUUGUAUCUAGGAUCAGGCAAAAGCUUUUUUUAGACCAUCAUGAUUAAUAUUCAAGUCAAAAUGUGGAAGUUUAUACCUUUUUAUCUUGAGCCUUUCAGUUUGCCAUCCAUGUACUUUCAUCUAACAUUAAUAGUGAAACAGUGGGAUAAAAAAAACAUGUUUCUCAGAACAAACACACACACCAGUAAGUAAAACUUUUGGUCUGCUUGGUUGUCUUUGCAGGUCUAACCUCAUGGGAACCAAGUUUACCGUGUACGACAGCGGUCUGAACCCCAUGAAGAGCACCACAAGCCUCGAAGCUAGCAACCUGCGUCAAGAGCUAGCAGCCAUUUGCUACGUGAGUUGAUUAAAGUGUCUCUUAAUCCACUUAUCCCGACUGAACUUGAUACUUUUCAGACAAACCCUGAGAAGAAAAUACAUACUGUAAAGCUGAAUAAAACCUGUUUUUUGUAAUUUACACUCUGCUAUUUCAUUGGACACACAUGCUUAAUGUGAUUAUGUCAUCCUAGGAAACCAAUGUCUUAGGAUUCAAAGGACCUCGCAAGAUGAGUGUCAUCAUUCCUGGAAUGAACAUGGACCAUGAGAGAGUUUCUAUUCGUCCACGAAAUGUAUGCUUGCUUGACCUGGUUUUCUUUGUAGCCGUGACUGACUGACCAAUACAGAUACUUUUUUUUAAUACUUACAUAAAUGAUGGGAUGAAAAACACCACUGAAGCUUUUCUAUUGCUCUUCAUCACAGGACCAUGAGUCACUGCUGGCCAGGUGGCAGAACAAAAACACAGAGAGCGUGAUCGAACUUCACAACAAGACGCCUGUGUGGAAUGACGACACGCAAUCCUAUGUGCUUAACUUCCACGGCAGAGUCACUCAGGCCUCCGUCAAGAAUUUCCAGAUCAUUCAUGACAAUGAUCGUAAGUUCGAUACGUCUUUUUGUUUUCUUUCUUUUCUUUAAUUAAUUUAUUUUUUAUUAUUAAGUGAUGCAAAACACAACAUGACAGGUGAGGGACAUCAAACUAAGAAACAGAUGGGGGAGAAAAGACAAGACAGACACAAACUAGGAUAACAGUUUUUGUGUGUGUGUGUGUGUGUGUGGGUGUGUGUGAGUGUGUGUAUGUAUGUAUAUAUGAGUGCUUGUUUUGGAGAAAUAGAUAACAUUUGAAAAUGAUAAUACUAACUUAUAAAAGUAAAAAGAAUAAUAUGACAGAACAAAGCAAAAACUAAAUAAAUGAAAAAAAAAAAGAAAAAAAUAUAUAUAUACAUGCAUACCUUACCCCUCCUCCUUUACCUUAUUGGUGCCAAUGCUUCAUGCUCGAUACCUCUAAACUGUGAGAAUAUUAUUCUUAGAUUAUAGUAACAGAGUCAUGUUUUCUAGAUUUACUGUUUGAAAGGGAUCCUUUUCUUGAAAAAAAGCCCAACUAGACGUGAGAUAGAGUACAAUAUGAGUUAUUGCUCAGGAAAGGAAAAGGAGAGCUAAAUGAACCAAAUGCUGAUAAAGAGAAAUGCUGGAGUUGAUCAUUUUCCAUUUACCACGAAUGACUGAUUGGAGAAUAAAAUUCUUAAAAACAGAACUGGUGGAAGGUAGAAGUAGGAAGAGGGGGAAUUACAGAGUCUCCAAAAAAGCACAAUUUAGCAGCGCUCACCAAAGAACAAAGGAUCAGAUUAAAUUUGUAUGUCUAAUCUGCUAAUGAGGAACUGAGCUUCACAUGCUGAGAGGGUUAUUAAAGCCAGGCAAAAGGAGUCAGGUGAUUUCAGUGAUGCUGGGCAGAUUGGAGAGGCAGGAACGUGAAGAAUAAGGAAGCUGGAAGGGCAUCUAGUGGACUGAUGAAGAAUAGGAAGGGUCCCUGGAGAAGCAGACAAGUGACAGAAAAGGAAGGACAAGAAGAUUAACACCGCCAACCCCUCUAUACACAGAGAUGUUUCUUAUCUUCUCAUUUAUCUUGUGUUUGCAUCGAAAAGUGGAACAGAAAUCAGAAAUCCUGAAACUAAAAAAGGUGAAUAAAUUCAAACAAAUAAGAUUAGAGUAUACAACACUAAAUCUGAUCUGAAAAGUUAGAGAGAGGAAGGCAGCAGGUGAGAAAAGACAGCUUUUACAUGAUGAUGAUUUUACUUGAAAAUAAGGUCACUUCAGCUCUUCUCAAGCAGCCUGUCGGAGCAGCUGGCUACAGUUUCAAACAUUGAUUAGUUUAAAUGUGAAUAAUGACUGUGUUGUGGUAUAAUAGGGCACAGAAAAAUAACUGUACGUGUCCCAUGGAUGAGUGCAACAAUGUUAGCUUUUAUAUGUGCGUCUGGUAAAACUACAUUUUAACAAACAGCAUAACUUUUUUCUCAUCACUUGAUUGCGACUUUGAACCCAGACAUCCAGGAGACUCCUGUAUAUUCAUGAUCAAGGUUUCAGUAACCCUGAACUCACAGGACUUUAAAUCACAGACACAGUCAAAACCUGUUUGCUUUCAUCUGAAUCCAAUCACCUGGAGGAUUGGUUAUAUGCUUAGCACAAGGGAAGACUCCACCUAGUGGUAAUUGUCAGAAUUACAGACAAAAUAUUCACAGCACUGUUGUUUUACAGAGACAAAAUUAUAUUAGUUUGAGCAGAAAUUUCAGCUCCAAAACCAGUGAAACCUGAUCUGCGAUCACUGUUUAUAUGAAAAGUUUCCUGAUUUCUCCUCUGCAGCCGACUACAUCGUGAUGCAGUUUGGCCGUGUCGCAGAAGAUGUCUUCACCAUGGACUAUAAUUACCCGAUGUGCGCCCUGCAGGCCUUUGCCAUUGCCCUCUCCAGCUUCGACAGCAAGCUGGCGUGUGAAUAG